AUGCAGUGCCCAAACUGUGGACUUCCAGACUUGAAAGAGACUUUUAAAUGGUGCCCAGAAUGUUGUUUUUGUCUGCAGCCUGGUCAGAGUAAUCCACAUGGCCAGGGUAAGAUUGUUCCAAAUUCAACGGGAGAGCAGCCGCGAAGCGAUGCUUCGGCAAGAGGACACGACUUUGGGGACGGGAAAGGACACGUUGAAGGUAAAUUGUGCCAUCAUGGAUGGUAAAUAAGACUUUUCUUCGAAAUCUUGUUCAAAUUCAACACAUUCCAUGAUCUGAUUAGGACUUCGUCUGGCCUGAGAUGAUUAAUUUAUGGCGAACGGUCCGCUUGGGGGAAACAAUUUGGUUAUUUGUACAUUUAAAACAUGGCAUUUGAAACAUGACUUAAGCUUAUUUAGCUUGAAUGUAUUUACUGAAAGAUUUCCCUCUUUCUAUUUUAUCGACAAGCAAAGUUUAAUUAUUGAUCUCAAUGAUGCAUUAUUCCGAGUUCUUCAAAAGUGAAAGUGGUUCAAAGUGAUUAUUUCCUUGUGAUAAUUUAUUCAGAUAAUAAACCACUCCCGGAAGCACUCAAUCGUAACACAUUUAUUGAUUAUUUCACGGUUGGUGAGCGCGGACGAUUUUUAUUCACAACGAGUGAAUAAAAUUAGUACAAGCGAACUAACCGUGAAAUGACUUAUUUAUUUUGUACAUACCGAGAUUCAUAAGCGAACAGAACUCAUAGAUAAACAUAUCUUUAUUAUCUUUCAAAGGAAAACAACGCGCGGUCUGACCGCCUCACAGUUCGAGAGUUGCACUGAAAUGGCUUCCUUGUAAAAUACUUUACAUUUAAAUUAUCAAGCAAAAAUACCGUUAAAAGGAAGAACUAGUUAGAAUAAAAAUUUCUGCACAGCCCCAUGCUAUUUUAAAACAAAUUUGUUUUCCCAAUGGCAAUGUGUUGUUUUCGUCAUUGUUUUCUCUAUCCAAGAACUGAAUGCAUAAUGUAGGAUGGGGCUUUGCAGAAAUUUUUACCUGAAAUAGUUCUACUAUUUCAAGUAGAUUGUUGUCAAGAGAAUCGCCAAAAUUACAAUGCCUUGCCUGUUGACAAAGGCAGAUGAAAAACUUGUCAACUGGUUCAUCAUCAAUUGGCACCAAUUGUCAAUACAAGUGGUGCUCAAAUGGAAUAUUUCUUCGCACAGGAAAUGAUAAUUAAGCUUCCUAAAACACACUGUGUACAGAUCUUGAUCUCUCUCUAGUUCUGAGUCAAAAAUAUCUUCAAAAAUAUCCUCUACCUCCAUUCCUGCGAGGUGCAGGAGCAGCAAAGUUUUCUUUCUUAAGCUAUUUACACCUUUCCCUUCAGCAUUGCCAGACAACUGCUUGCCCCACCAUUUUUCCCUAACGUUUCAACCUCCUGUGAUAAGCAUAGAAAAUUGAAAAGAAAAUUCAUUUUCAACCUGUGUUUAAACCUGUUAUUUUUUUUACUUUUUCUAUUUUGGGAAUUCUUGUUUCAUGAUUGUCCUCUGGCUUGGAAUACACAGCAUCUCUUGGAGAUUUUUUUCUGUUAUUUAAUUCAGCAACCUCAGUUGUAACUGCAUAUAAUGUAGGUGUCUUUAAGCAACUGUCUAUGAUCCAAGCAACUCCAGCUAAUGAAAUAUAUUUAAUUUGUCUAACAUUUUUUCUUGUGUUGUGAAAGUUUGAUUUUAAGGAAGACUAGCUAGAACUAGAAUAUCAUAAUUAAAACUUGAUUACUUUGAAUUUGAUCAUGAAGACAUUUUUUGUAGAGAACUUUAGAUAAUACCUGGAUUUCAUUUGUAUAUUGCAGAAAUCAAUUCCAAACAUCAAAUAAGUUUUCUCUUUAGUGCAGAAGUUGACUUGAUAUAUUGUUACUGGCUAUAUUAAAUAGGUUGAAAGGUUUUAGAUGGUAUUUUCUCUGCAUUUACUGGACAGUGGAGUUGUUGCAACAUGAUAAAGGUUUCAUUUAACUAUCUAUUGGCCUUUGUAUUAUAUUUCAACCAAACCAUUUUCCACAACUUUUAAACACCAUUACAAAACAAUUAGUCAGGGAAACACCUCUGCAAGAUUUCAUGUAAUUAUUUUAACUGCAUGAAUAUUAACUGAUACUAGGAAUCUAAGAAUAUUCAUAAUAAUAUAUAAUUUGGUUGAAAAAUUAGAAUUAAGCAUAGGCCAGAUCCACAAGAUUCUUAGAAAAAUAAAUGUGUACUAAUGAAAAAGCUUGACAAACUUUUUUCAACAGCUGCUUGUCCCUGUAUGGCACAUAUAGGAAAGUCAGUGGAAGUAUUUAUAAUCCUGGUAUGAAUGUUUAAAGUGCAUGUGCUUGAAUGCAGUUUAGGUUAGUGAGGUAAAAUUGAGUCAAACUUUCAUAUGAUGACAGGAUCAAGAAAUUUCCACCAAUAAUUUAUAAGGUUAGACUACCUGGAAUAAUGGGAAAAAUCAUUGUUUUACAAGAAAAUAAUGAUGGAGAAUUGAUAGCAAACCACAGCCCUGGGUCUGUCAUAACUUUUAAAUUUAAGAGAGUGCUUAAAAAAUAGCAAUUUGUUCAUGCACAAAAGAAGUAUCUGAUAAGAAGGCAGGCUUUCCUUUCUUUACUAAAAAAAAUACAGAGGUUAUCAUCUUUCACAAGCUCAGUGCACAGUAAGAUUGAACGAGACUGACAGUGACUCUUAUCUGAGUAAAUUUACAGAGGUCGACCAAAAGAAAAUUGGCUAAAGGCGACAGAUUCGAAAGCGCUCACAUGCUCAGACACUGAUCUUGGCAGAGUUAUAUCCCAUUGUGUAAUCUUACUUGAAAGAUUUCUAUUUUUCAAUUUCAGAGAUUGAUUCUCCAAUUUCCAGCCAAAACAUUUCUUUUCCAGGAAAAAAUUAUCAUACCAUAAGCAUGUUCAUCUUAACCUUAGUAGUAAGUACGCCUUGAGAUGUUGAACGAAGAGAAAUGCCUCCAUGUUUUGUGUGACAAACCAUUUCCUGAAGUUCGAACUAAUCGAGUUGAAUGCAUGAGAGUAUGGCGCUGAAAAGUACCAUUACUAAACAAAUUCACCCCUUUUGCAGUAGGACUAACUCCAUUUUACCCGUUUGGUUGGUUAGUUCCAGGUUUAAAUCCUAUACAAGGGUAGCUAAGGUAGUAACAGUGAUGAUAUCACAGAAAAUCAGACCAAGUUUGAUGACUCUGUUGAAAAAUGGAAUUUCUCACAGUUCAUGUGAUAGAAUUUUGAUAAUGGCACUUAUUUGAUAGUUAGAAAUUUGAUCUCAUGUUUUACUGGUGGAGUUUGCGGGAGAUCAAUUUUAUUCAUCUGUAGAAGAUGUUGGCUUACAUGGGGGUGAGUUAGCGUAUGUGUGGUGACAGUUGUCGUAAGAAUUCAUUUUGUCUCUCCUUCCCUGUCUUUGUCAAAAGUAGACAGUACUUGGUGGCAAAGACUUAUGUGCAAAAUAUAAAUGGCCUAGCCCAUGGAGUCUCUGUGGCUUAGAGGUGGAGUGUUGGGGCUUGGAACCCAAAGGUCUAGGGUCUCAUGGGGUUUUAAUUUUUUUCUUUUUACCACGUUUAUGGCAAGACAAAACAUCUUUCCCAAUAUGGACAUUGUAUGUGAUACUGUGGGGAUACCCACUUCAUGUACUCAAAGAGCAUGUUAUUGCAAAUAGACAAAAAUACUAGAAAUUGAUAUUUGCUCUUCUUCAGUUCAUGCAAUGCUAUGUUCAGAUUAUGAUAUACUCCUAAACAGAAUAUGAAAGAUGGUAAAUUGUGAGACUCGAGAUGAAAUGGAGCAAUAAAGCAUAAGAAAGAUCUUACUCUGUUUACACACAUAUGAAGUGACUGAUUAAUGACUGUGAAUAUUUGAAUAUCAUAUAUUUGAGCUGCUGGUUAAUUAAGGAAGAUUAAAGUGAUCUUUGCAGUGAUGAGCACUACUUAAUCAGACACUUAUAUGUCUGAAAUAUGCACAUUUAGUACCUAUCUCAAGGAUCAAAGAAAUGCCUGGAAAGUCGCUGACUUGAUAACGUGGAAAAUGCCAUCAUUGACAAAAAUACCAUCAUUGACAAAACUUGCAUUCUCAUAUUUUUUUUUUGUUCUGACAAGUAUCAGAGAGGAACAAUGAAUAAAACAUGAAUUUAUUCCACACAUUCAUGAGUUGAUCAUGUGUGCCCUUGAAAUUUAUUUCUUUUUUUUUUUUGCUUUUUUGCUGCUUACCAAUAAUUUCCUCAAAGUGGAUGUAUGAUGUUAACCUUCUACACUUUUACUCUCUUGUAAUUGACUGAAAGCUACAUGUUGCGGAUAAAAACAUCUUUUGUUAACCUGUUUCGAAGCAGUUUGAUAACCCCCCCUCUGGUGAGCUAUCUGAAAAACUAAAUCCCAUUUAAGUAGGUUUUUGAAUUGUUUUUUCUUAUUUUUUGCACUCAGGUGAUGGUCAAAAUCAACAGUGCCUGCUUUCAUACAGAGAUGAGCAUGGGACCCUGAUGAGUCAACAAGCACAGCCCACAAUUCACACGGGUCAUCUAGACAUCGAGGGUGGCUCCUCCCAAGUCGAUCGAUCGGCGGAGAGACAGAAUAAGUCACCAGAAAGCCAUCUUCAUUCAGCGAACUCCUCAUCAACUUCCCAUUCGCCGACAGCCUCAAUUUCUAUGGGUGACAGUGGUCUGCCCCGUAAGGCUGACGCCUCCGCCCACAUGAAGAUAGCAAUGUCGGGUUCAGGGGACAAACCAGGUAAUGCUGAGCCAACAGCCGCAAAGCUGGAUUUUGUCGACAGAAUGACGUUACAUGAAGGAUCUGCAGGAAAUGUUGACAGCAAAAUCAUCAUGAAAGAUAAUACAACUAGUGGUGAAAGCGUGAGAGGCCCAGCUGAGCUUAAACAGGGUGACGUUGAUACUGAUCCGACAGAAAGUGAUGAUGGAGUAAAUAACGCAAAGAAAGAGGUCAUGGAGUUAAAGAGAAGAGAAGAGAGAGAAGCAGAUCUUACAACCGACAGUAACGUCACUGAAAACUUUCAACAAUCCAAGGUGCAACUCCCUUUCAAUUCAGCAUCUCAAAAAGACACUGGAAACAAAUUGGUUGGAGUAGGAAAUGUUUCCCUGUUCGCUGUGCUCGCUCUAAUAUUUAAAGAACACUUUUUUCCAGGGGUUGUAGAACCCUAUCCGUGGCUCUGCAAUUUCUGUGGUAGGAUGAGAAGAUACAGGAGUAGUAUUACAUGUUUCAAAGCAGUUUGAUUACCCCCCCCCCUCCCCCCCGUCCCCUCUGGUGAGCUCUCUGAACAAUAAAUCCUAUUUGAUUAGUGAUUUUUUUAAUUUUACACUCAGAUGAUGGUGAAAAUCAGCAGUGCCUGCCCUCAUACAAAGUUGAGUAUGGGUCAAAAUGAUUUUGGAACAAAUAACACAAAGAAAGAGGUCAUAAAGUCAAAGAAAUCACCAGAUGAUGACCUGGUGACUCCAGCUGGCGAAAAACAAAAGGGUAACGAGAGAGAAGCAGUUAAGACGGCCGACAGGAACGUCGCUGAAAAUAUUCAACAAUCCAAGGUGCAAUCCCCUUUCAAUUCAGCAUCUCAAAAAGACACCGGAAACGAAUCGGUUGAGGUAGAAAUGUCUCCCUGUUUACCACGCUCGCUCUACGAUCUUAAACGGAACACUUUUUUCCAGGGGUUGUAGAACCCUAUCCAUUGUUUUGCAAUUUCUGUGGUAGGAUCAACUCUCAUGGGAUGAAGCCGAAUUAGUAUUUUCCUAAUAUGUCUAUGCCAAACUGGCUGAGAGAAAUUAUCUUUGUACUACGUGACUAAGAUUCAUUAUGUUACUUUUUUCUAAAAAACGUAGGUGCAAGGGAAAGAAGAUGCAAAGGCUUCAAGUGAAAACUCACAAUCCUCCAAGAGCGGAAAUGAAAAUCUGAACGGUGGCCGGGGAAAAGUCGAGACCGUCACCCAUGUCAAUUCACCACCAGAAGGAAAAGAAAUCGUCUUAAAAGAUCCUCUCGGAGGCGCAGGGAACGUAGGCGAUGGCGAAGAAAGAGCUGAGGUUAAAAUAAAUUCAACGAGGUUACUUAAAAGUGAAUUAUCUUGCGCAGAUAAGAAGGUAGCAUAUGGAUUUCUGAUUGGAACGUCAGGGAAAAAUGUUGAAGACUAUCGGCUGAGUGAACAAGAUAACCCAGCUCCUCUUCUUUACGAAGAAUAUAAAAUUCUUUCUUGUCACUGUAAAUUGCCCAUUACUGUCUAACACAGCUUAGCGUGGCGGUAUGUUAACACCAAGAAUGGCAUCUAUUUUUUAUUAUAGAGAGGUACUUUUCUAGAGAAACUUUGGUGCUGGGUCGGUGGGAGAGUAUGACAAGAUAAAUUUGGUUUUAUCAACUGAGUUGAUAAGGUAAAUUGGCCACCGUAACGAUUUUCAAAGCUGACUUUUCGAGCGUUAGCCCUGCGUCAUAGCGGAUGAAGGGAUUGUGGGUUGUGUGUGUGUUUAUAUGCAGAAAAUGGAGCUGUUAAAAGCGUAGCUCCAUUUUGUGCUUAUAAACACACAACCCACAACUCCCCCAUUCGCUUUGACGAAGGGCUUAUCAACUUAGUUGAUUAGCCAAAAUUAUCUAUAUAUUAUCAUGCUUGUUGUAAGUAUUUGAUGCAAUUUCUUUUGCCAGACCACAGAUGAGACAAGAUCUGGAUAUUGGUACCAAAAAGAUAACACUCAUCCGCAAGCAAAUACCACCGCAACCAAUAAAAAGGACAAGGGAAAGAGGAAAGAAGGAAAAACCAGCGUGGCUAGCAAUCAACCUUCAACGUAAGCUAGAAUAUUCUUGAUGAGUACAUUGUUGAAAAUGAGGAAGAAAUACUUUGGUCUACGUGCUUGGCUUAUAGGAAGAAACAUAGAAUAAGCAUCUUUCUAACUUCUUUCAAGCCUUAGGGUCCAUUUACUAAUCAGCGGACUUCUUUUCACAGAACCUCUCCGACGCCAAUUUAUAGUCUGAAGCAGGUGGAACCAGAGGUUGGGGUCACGGUAGUUUUCCAUGUAUUGUUGGUCUCUAAUUUUAAAAUGGAGGAAGUUAGUUUGCACAUUCGUGCAAGCGGAGCUGACUUAGGAAACUUCGAAAUAAACUGCGUCGACAUGGAAUUAGUAAGGUUAGUUUGUUUAAAUUUAUAUUAUAUCUAGGUGAACUCCUCUGAUCAAUUAUUGAUACCUAAAAAAUUUGAGCAUAAGGAUAACUCCAGUUUGGCACAAGCGAUCGACGUUAGUGCUAACCUUUUUAAUCCGAGGCAUACUUAAAGUUAUAUUAGCUCUUCUCUUAAGUGUGCACGCCAGUUCCAGUUCCAGUUCUAGUAUGAUCCUCCAAUCAGUAAAUUUUUUUCUCUGGCAUUAUUGAAUUGUCGUUCAAUCAAUGCUUCGAAGUAAGCUUUUGCUUACGUGCUCCUUUUCACUUGUUCAGUAUGUCAUUAUAACUUAAUGUUUUGAUAUGUUCCAGUAUGUUAUAUCAUUUUUUUACAUGACUCCACAAACUAUGAGACGUUCAGCAAUUUCGAGAUGUUUAUCUAUGGGUCCCUUUGGUGUGGUCGCUUUGAUUUCGCAAAUAGCUUCUCUUUUUUCAUCACAGAGUUGGGACAACAAAAUACAUAACCAAAGUGUAUUAGAUAUUGCCUUCUGAUCACAUUUCUGAGACUGACACUUUUGUUAUAUGUAGGAUAUUACGUACCUGUUACUCUAAAUGUAGUCGAGUGACCCUCGCUUCUUUGAUCUAACUGCGAUCAGCAUGUCAAGAUCCAUACUUUUGCAAAGUUUCAAACAAAUAUGAGUGGUAGGUCCCGGUCUUCUUUUUGUGGGAGAAAAUGAACUUAUAUCGAUAAAAAGCUUACUUCGUCUUAGCAUUUCAUUGAUGUUCUGUGUAGCAUGUAAGGUAACUUGGUCACAACUUACUGAUUGUCAUGAUUACCGUAAUCUGAGUUUUCAAAUUUCUCUGAUUUCGAUUUUUUAUCAGCUCCUGAUAAAAAUAAAAUUAUGUCAAUAAAGGAAACGUUUUAUAAAUUGACUAAUUUGUUUGGAAAGCUCUAAAUAUCAACGGGAUCCUCUCUACAAGCUCAUAACCUUGUUUUUUAGCCGGUUUUAGCCAGUCGGUGGCACUCAUGUGCUAUUGGAAGUGGAAGAUCUAUUUCAGUACCAAUGCAUAAAGCUUAGUGGUUCUUCUUAUAAUUAUAUAGGUGGGACAAAAAUAAAGACAGAAAAAAGCUUAUGCACUUCACUGGUCAGUUCACUCUUACGGUCAGUCGUGCACAAAAAGGAACCAGUUACAAGUACGUGAUAAUCAAGAAGGGAAACGUUGUAUGGGAAGAGCUGGUGGAGUUUCAACCACGCUUUCGUGGAGACAUAAUUGAUCGAUUUUUAUACAUUCCCUCCAAGUACUUGAAACAGGGAGGUGAGAUAUUGGCAUAAUUCUCUUAUUUUUUUCCAGUCGAACCUCCACUACACUCACGGCCUUUUUUCUACAAGGUUCAGCUCCCGACGACGUGCCCUCUCUAGUUUGUCUCGGCAGUCAGUUCAUACUCCAAACCAACUAAUUUCAUCUGUUCCUAUGGUGACCGUUGUGGUGACCCAGACAUCAAAUCGUUAUUAUACUGUGCCUGUGUGUGGAAAGCUGAUAUUACGUGAUAUUAUAGUGACCGUUAUGGUGACCCAGACAUCAAAUCGUUAUUAUACUGUGCCUGUGUGUGGAAAGCUGAUAUUACGUAUCGUAAUAGACUAAUUAACAAGGGGGUCUCGGUCAUGUGUACGGUCGUUAAACAAAAGCACUUUUUGAAGUUUAAUUGUAGGACCGAUAAAUUAGAUUAAAAGACUCUGUUGUGAUGAUGUAGGGAUUGCUGCAACAUCGUAAUUAGAGGGUGAAAUGGACUACAACACCUUCUCCUAGGGAUUUUCUACGGUUAAAAUUGUACCUCUAUCGUAAUUUUGCCUGCUCUUUCAUAGAAAGCAUUAAUGAUAAUGUAUUUCAACUGUUUUAUUUUGGUGGUUAAGAAACGUGGCACCAAUUCGACGGAGUCAGCUACAUUUACUCGGAUAAAGGUUUGUGGGAAACAUUUAAAGGAUGGUUUCGUAGUGACGAAACAGUGGCAAAUCGCACCACAGCAUUACUCGCGUACAUACCAAAUUGGAAGGGUUUUCAUGUUGGUGACACUGGAAAGGAAAUGGAAGCGACAGAAGCAAUUGUGAAGUUAGACAAAGUGGUAGACUGUAUGACCAACGUGUGGAUCAAGCACUCCUACUCCAACCCUGGAAAAGAAAGACCGUCAGAUUUCAAAGCUCUCACGGUAAAGUGUUGAGGAAGUAAAAUCCAUAUCUUACAACAUUUGUUAUUUUUUGUUCCCCUGGUGACGCUUAAAGUGCCAGAUAAUCAGUAAUUUAGUCCAUAUGUUGGGAGAACUUUGAUGUCGAAUGAUUGAGCGAUAAUGAGGUUGAGGACGCAUCGCGAUGAUCGAAACUGUCUUUUGUAGAGAGUAGUACCGAAUUGGAAAACACCCAAAGAAUGAUGUACUUGAUAAAUGGAUAAUGUGGUUGAAGUAAUAAUUUUCUUGCUCUUUUUUUUUGACGAAGGUGUUGGUGGAUCUCUUGCAACCUAAAAUUGAGGAAAACGCUGCAUCUGUGAGCCAGAGUUCUGUGAAAUUUGAGGCUAGGGCCUCAGCACUGGUUUCGUCUCUGGCGAUUCUUCUAAUCUGCAAACAGUUCAAAAUAAAGCUAGAGAGGAAGCAUGUAAUUUCACUUUUGAAAUGCUUGACGCUUGAAGCAGAUCCUACUGACCAAAAGUGUACCUUGUAUGAAAUGGUUCUGCGCGAGUUUAGUGAGGGACUAAGAGAGUAAGUAGUUUCCGUUUUAUAGAAACAGAACCAGCUACUGAAACACCAAACAUAAUUUUAAAAUGAGUGAAAGCGUCGCCACUACAUUUAUAAAAUGUGCUAAAACUUGCAUGUCACGUUUGGUGGUUCAUCUGUCAGUCCGUCCGUGCUCUUUCGUAACUAUGCUACACAACUUAUUUAAAACAGUGCAAUUUUACUUUCCAUAAAGAUUUUGAGGCUCCAGAUUUAAAUAAAAAAUGACGAAGAAAACUCAGUUCUCAUGGUUUUGCUAGCAUAAUUUGAACGUACUGCACAUGGCUCCUCAUUCAAUGUAAAAUACACUGCAAUUAAGACAAAUGAUGAGAAGGAUCACGAGCAUGGUUUGAGUGCAAUUUUUAGUCGUGUGUGGGCUAUAAUGUCGUCCACAUUAUUAUUUUGAAACGACUCGGUAGGUAAGUGACUAAGUUGAAGGAUGGAUUGGAAUUUUGGGGUUUCAUGUGCUUCUAAAGAGAAAAAACACGCGUAGAUAUCCUUCUAAUGUGUGAGUGAAGGCUGCUGUAACGGGAGAGAAAACAAGAGGUAAAUGGUAACUAUUUCUCGUCUCAUUAUUUAAAGUAAUAGAUGGGUAGAGGGGUUGAAAGUAAAACAUUGGUUUUGAUCAGUGACCUUUUAUGAUGGUAUGAACGUUAAUGGAAGGUGACAGUCGCUCUAAGGAACCCAUGAUAGAACUGUUUUCGUGAGGAAAAAAAAAACAAUGAGAUUAACAGUAGUUUCAGUAACUGGUAAAAGUGAUAGUUAAAAUGAUAUUAAGGCGCAAGGUAAUGCUCUUAGACUAUUUCGUUCCGUUUUAGAUCUGCUGCUGAAGGAAUUGAGCAAUUAUGUAACGAAAUCAUGCUGGAAUACUGGAAACAAGAUGCUCUGACGUGGUUAUUGGCUGUACCAUUGCUGCAUUUUUUAAGAGGAGAUUCUAAACCUUUUGAAGAACCUGGUGUUGACGGAUCGUACAGCAAAUUAGAGUGGGUGGGAGCUCAGGGACUGAGAGUAAGAGAAUUUCAAAGAUCAUCAGUAGAGCUGUAAGUAAAUAUGUUGGGAAUCAUUUUAACUAUGUAUGUUUACUGGAACGAAGCAAAUCUGUAGACAACAUUGUUUAAAUUUUCAAUUAGGCAUAAUUUAAUCGUUUCUUUGACUUAAACUAAUCAAGUUGCGAACUUCUGUAUUUUGGAAUAGCAGUGUAAACGGAGCUCAGGUACUGGUCACCUAGAUUAAGUAUAUUAAAACUUUCUUCAUUAAGACUCCUGAGUACUCUCUGCUAAAUGAACUCUUUGAUGUAACUUACUGAAACUAAUGCUUUCGUGGGGGAAAUGACAAUUUCCCCAUUUGAAUUGAGCAAACUAUUUAUAAUUGUAAAAAUGCAAAUUUAAGCGUGAACAACUUAAGUGCAGAGCUUCGCAACAAAGAACAUCACGUCUGAAUAUAAUUGUCCGAUUUUGAAUUUCACACAGAAAUCCAUCAGACAUCUUUCCCAGGCUUACUUCAUCCUUUGAAGUCGACUUCCUGCUGAAAAGAACCGUCCUCCACACCAUUCCUGUAUGGGAACUAGAUAAGAUCAUUGCUUCAAAGAUGUUUCUAAUCUCUGAUAUUUGCGUUGCCCUAGUAACAUACUGUUCACGUGAAACUAUGCCUUUUGACAAGGUAAGAAAGUUUUCAAAUUGUGUCAAAAGUACCCCCAUAAUGUGGUGUGUACCCGGCAAUUCGGACCGAGGAAAUUUUAGUACAUUUAUUAUUCAGGAAAGUGUUCAUGCGUUAAAAUUAAUUUUCUUUUCCUUUUCGCAGUGGAAAAGUGUACUUCAGUGUAUUAGACUGAUGAUUUCUCAGUUAAACUGGAAAAAAGAAUCAACAUGGUAGGUUGCAACGCUCAAUGAAAUUAUACGGGUAACUCGUCAACCUUUCUUAAUAACUUCCGACUAAACUGUCAACCAGCCUCUGUCUACUUGUUUAUGGAAAAAAUAGUGAAUUCCUGAGGCACGGAUCACAACAAGGGUGUUGCUUGGAGCGGAUAAGAGCUGUUAACUUGCUGGUAUAAUAUUUGCAUUCCGCUUUCAAAAGAGGUUGAUGGACCUUUUUAUUAAUUUCUCAGCACUGACUUCAAAGUGGACAAGUUUACAGUUUCAGUAUGUUUACAGCUGGUCGAAGUCUUCCUCAAGAAGUUGAACUUCAGAGACCACGUUGAAGUCAUCUGCCAGACGAUAAAGCUGCUUUUUACAUGUAUUUAUGCGCAUCGACGGGAAUUCGAAGAGAAUCCUGGCCAAGAGAAGAUCCAGAAAAACGAAAGCAUAGUCAUAAACAAGCUGCUAAAGAGCCUUCGGGACAGGUUGUCUAAAGAUCUCGGUAAAGAGAUGUCCUCCUAUUACAAGAGCGACAAUUUAGCCAGGGAACUUUCGGUACGUAGAAAGCAAAAGUAAUGGUAUGAAAGUUAUACUAAAACGUUUACAUAAGAGUGGUUGACAUCGGUCAUCAGUGAUUUAAUUAUGUGUACUUCGAUAAGCUUGGUUAUAUUUUUCAAACUACUCUUUUCAAUCCCUUCUGGUCAUGAUCUAACUCACUGAAGAGGCGUAAUCCACGUGAAAUGCUGAAAAUUUUUCCUUAAUUUUUUUUCCAGUUAUGGAGCGAAUUGCUUUUGGUUGCAGAUGAAAAACAAGGAUUUUCCGCUUAUAGGGAGUUUUUGAUCAAUGAGCUGGAGAACCGUGCAAGGAGGGUAAGAUGGUGACGUUUUGCGAAACUGUUUGGUUUAGGAAAUAGGCAAUAAAGAGGGUUAACAAUAGAGGCAAGAACUUAAACUCGCUGCUUACACUCAUUGCACUUUGCUAAAGCCAAGGAUGUUUUUUUCAAUGGUAAGCCCCUAAUUCGGGAAACAGUUUUAAGUUCCCACCCAUGACAAAAGUUCUUGGACCUUUGUACCUAUAGUUUAAGUCUUUUAUUGAAUCACAAACUUUCAUGAUUACUGAUCCUGGAAGGAUUUAGUAUACUUUUCACAUAUAAUUUUGGUAAAUGGCCCACUUUGGUAACGAGUUCUUUAUGGCUUUCCACCGCGAAAUUAGAACUUGUUAGAGUUCGAACUUUCCAGGGGGACUUUAUUCCACGCUUUUGGCAAUAUUCACAUCUUUCUUUACCUUAUGGAUUGCUUUCUUUUUCCUAGUUGGAGGGAAAAUUCUUGAUUGAAAUUUUUUGUGAAGUAAAUAUGAAUACUCUCGAUAGAGCUGUUGGAGAAUCGUUCACAAAGCUUGCCUUUCAAGCAGUGGAAAAGAUUAUUAAUGUGAGUUAAGAUUAUUUGUCAACUUAAUGUAUUCUGUGUUCCACUAAGUGAAGACCUUAUUGCUUUAAAAACCUAAAACAAUCAGGCUGUUUCUGUAGUAUGAAAGUUUCACAAGAGUACCUAAUUUAGAUAUGUGCUUUCUACCUACCCGGUUUCAGUUAUUUCUUCCAUCGUGAUUGUUGAUUUUCAUUUUUUUUGAGCGUAUACUACUUAAGGAAUUCAAUCAGACUAAAUAUCAAACUGAUAUACAAACAGAAAGACGCUACUGAGAAGUUUGGAACUCUAUCAAGUUAGACUGCGACAAUGAUGAAUUUAAGGUUUAGUGCACGAUUUGAAAUUCAACGAUAAGUCACCAUUAAUGAAUUUUAAGUUUACUAUAAUACUCGCUCAUUUUAGACCUGAAUUAUAUUAUUGGAAAUUUAAAAUACAUAGGGUUAAAUACUUGGCUAACCUUUGUUGACUACGCAAUUUAGUUUGAUGAAUAAUCUGAUGUUUUUCGUUUUUUAUUUAGUCUUCAAGAAGAGGAGACGACAUACGUGUAUUCCACAAUCUAUCAAAUUCAAAAGCCGGAAAAUCGGGCGAACUUUUGUCCAUGUUUCUUACAAAGUCAUGGCCAAAAGAUGGAGAACAAACAGAGGCAUGUGGGUUGGAUCCUCGAACGGUGGAAUUUGUACUCACCUGGAAUCCUAUGAUUGGAUACCUCCAGUUCUCUAAUAAUCCUAAAGUUUUGGGUAAAAGUUUUUUUUUCCGGAAUGUUCUAUUGAUAAGAACUAAAGCCUUGUUAUUAUAUGGACGUGAGAAGUAAGAUUUAGAGUUAAAAAAAAUUUAUAUUUCAACUUUGUCAAUUUUUGCCGUGUUGAUUGGAAGAAAUUUUGAUUAUUUCUGUCUUUCAGGAGAUGAGUCUGGAAGAGGUGGUAUACUUUCGGAUGAUGCCAAGGAGACGUUGUUUUUGGCUAAAUCGUUACUGGACGCUCUGGUGAGAGUCAUAUCAGAUGGCUCAGUGACGAUUCAAGUGUUACUUCUUCUGCAAAGGCAUAAGGAAACGUUUUUGGAACUUUUGAAGACAAGUAGUGCGGAGAACAAAGAUGUUGAGUUUAGUCUGGGUUAUCGAAUAGAAGAGAUCCAAGAAUUUUUUGAAAUGAAAGAAAAAGUAGGGAUAUUCAUUGGAAUGUGUGACGUGAUCCAACCAGGUAAGAAGUUUUGAGACACUAUUUUGAGCAUUGCAAGUUUUUUUCGUUUUAUUUCCGUUCGCAGCCUGAUUUUCUUCAAACUCAGCCUAGUAUCUGUUUUAGCAUUGUUAGUAAGAGGGUAACGGACUUAAAAAGAAUAAGGACAAGGAAAAGCUUUGUGUGGAUAAGCGUGUAUUCAUAAUUUAUCAGGCUUGAUGUCGACAGGGUCUAAAGUAAUCUUUUUCUUCACAGUGGAUUUAAGCAACCUCAAGAGUAAAGUGCAUCAGGAUGUUUCAUCUUUCCAGAUUCGAGGCUUGUGCAAACGGAAAGACGACAACCAAAUCGAAUUUACCUUCUUUAAACUCCCUACGGCUCUUAAAGAGGUACUUUCGACACUCAGAAGAGUACAAGAAAGCUCAACGUUCCAAGCUCUUUGGAAAAAAUAUGGGAAUAAGGCACAAACAGCCAGGAAGAAUGACGAUACACGAAGACCACAGCUAAGUGUUUCCGAUGUUGUUGAAAGUGUGUGGAAACCAGCUAUUAAAAGUUGGACCCAAAAUGUUGCUAGUGUCAAGGAUGGCACAAUUUCUCUUGGAGAUGUUGAUAAGCUCUUUGACGGCUACAGAGACCGAAAAAAGGAACUCGAGGGAGAGUUAUGCUGCAUGUUUAAGGUGAACACAGCUCAAACGAUUACCAACCCUAAAGAACUAAAUAAAACUGUUAGAGAGCGAGUUGCUCAAAUUCAACGUUACCAACAUCUUCAUCAGUACUCCAAUGCAGCUGACACCAUCUGGGAGUUUAAGGAGGCAAUGGGUUUUACCGGAGACUUCAAAGUCAUCGAAGAUCUACGUAAUCAGGUAUCAUAGCCCUAAUUGUGUAUUGACGAUACUGAGUAAGUUUGGAAAGUAAACACACAAGUAUUUAAUUAAAAUAGGACGCGGUUAUUCAUCGUGGUGAAUACAUUUGUAGUGAAAUAUGAGUGUUCGUAUCACGGUGUGGGCACUGCCUAUGCGGACCGGGAUGUCUUUUAAAGGCGCUAAAACUACUACUCUUCUUAAAGCAGCUGAAGAAGACCGGAGUAUGCUGUCGAGAUGUCGCAAACCACAUCGGAAAUGACCACAUUGUGAUUAAAAGGACUGUACUUCACUGCAAACGAGUAUCCGACAGUACAUUUUAACCCAAAUUAAGGAUGCUUUGUUUAACUGUUGUCAAGGCUGUAAGUUUGAUUCAAGGAAAUCAUUUCGGAGAACCCGUCAUAUGGACAAAUGCUUUACAAAGAAAAGCUGUUGGCUACAAAAGAUAAGCGCACCCUACUUAAAUAUGUGAUAAAAACCUGUGUCAUUUUCCAAUUUUUUGGUCUGUAGCUAUCAGUAGAGUUCAAGCAGAAGCCCUUAAGCAGCGUCGGAGAAAGCUUUUCAAAGGCCGGUCAAGCUCUUCAAUGUUUGGAUGUUGAUAAGGCUCAGUGCUUCAAAGCAGUGGUAGACAGUAGACGGUUGGUGGAGUGGCUACGUUCCACCAUCAAAUGUAAGUUGGGGCAGGUGGUCGAACAGUUGUACGGUAUUAACCGAAAACACCAGCCGUAUCGAUAAACAUGCACCUCCCUAUUCUCCAGGUUGUUCUCCUGAUCAGAGCGAAUGACGAACGGCUAAUGCUCGAAACGUCGGCUUUUAAACUCUUAAACGUUGGCCAAUUUACGUUAACAACUCAGUUCAUAAAACAAAAUGAUCUUAUUUUGUAGUAAGUUUGUUUAUCUUUCCAAAUUAAAAAUUUUGAGUGAAAUUUAAUGGUGAGAUACUUAUCGUUACGAAAACUGGAGAGCACAUAGUACAUUUACAAAAAGAAAAAUGAAUUAUGCAAUUUUUUUUGCUGCAUGGCUCGAAUAAAAUGACGGUCACGAAAAUUGAAGAAACGGCAGAGAAACAACUAAACAAGUGCCUGCAAGGGCUCUAUUUAUCUCUUAUAAAGUUUGACGGAACUCUCUACGGUACGAAAUCUCUUUCCGCUACCCGGGCAGCACUUGCUCGCGCCCAUGCAUGCGCGGUGCUCAAAAUUUUGAUCUCUCCGAGCGUCGGACAAAGAUAAACUAAUCUUUUUGCUUUGCAAGUUAUUCAGCUGGUAUGGUGGAUAUUAGAAUAAUUACUCACAUUUGUUUUUCUCUAUAGAUAUUAAUGAACGCCAUUAAGUGUCUUUCGUUUUGCAGCCACCCAAGAGCUAAAGGUUCUCGUUGACUUGGCCUUAAUCUCUGCUGGUGAAAGCGAUAUGGAAACUGAUCGCAUAUCCAGUCUGCAUACCAGCUGCCUAGGUUUUGCUCCUCUGAUAUUUGACCUCAAAGAGAGUGAAGGAAAAAAAGUGAGCUUUGAUCAACUGAUGAACGCCUGUGAUCCUGUCUGGAAAGCAGUCGAGACGGAUCAGAUGUUACCCAAAAAACUGGUAAAAAAAAUUCGGGAUUUCUUAAAAGUUUUGAAUGCUUUGUUUCGAAGCAUCUUGCUUACCUUUACCUCUUUUAACUUUGUCAGAACAUGUUUCACCAAAUUCGGAAUACCUUUAUCUGCUUUACAGUCAUAAAGUCGAGUGUGAAUUUUUAUCCGUAUUGCCUAUUACUUUUAACUCAUUAUCAUGCACAACAGAAAACAGAACAUUAGUGAAAAGUGGUACCAAAUACUUGAUUGAUCCCGACUUCUAUAUUUCUCGUAGUACGACACUAGCAGACACCUAGAGUGGCUAAAAACUGUUAAAGAGUCUCAUGGCUCGGUUGCUAUGACGUCAUUAGUGCAGGCUAAAACGAUCAACUCCAGUGGUGUAUAUCUCGUGGGCCAUUUGAAUACCGAAAGGGGUCUCUCACCAGAACAAGGAAAACGAUUGUCAUUCAAAGAUGUGAUCCGACUGACGGUUCCCCUUAAAGACCGAGGUGAAAAGAAACAGAGGAAAACUUAUUCUAUUGACGAACUAAAGGAUUUGCAGAGUAAACUGAUGUUGAUCGCAGGAAAGGCUGAAAAAGGGAAGGAUGAUGUGGAGCAGUUCGUUAGGGUAAGUGAAAUACAACAGUUAUGUGGGCAGUUAUGCGUUGAAGUUGUUGACUAAUACUGACAAACUAAAAUAUUUCUAUCGAAUUAUAGAAUCUUGAAGGUGUCAUGCGUUUAGCAAUUGCAUACAUCGACCUCUUUGAAUCUGGUUACAUUCAUCGUAUGAAUUGGAGCCAAGAAUAUCACUGUAGCAAAGAUCAAGUCGCGGACGAGUCUAUCGCGAAAGAAUUGGAGGAGGAAAGCUCCUUCAUGGAAAAGUGUUUCAGGAACUGGAAGAAGAAGGUCAGUGAUGCAAGGAAGGAGUAUAGAGAAUUGAACUUCUUCACCACGCAGCAACUGAUGACACUGAGGAAAGAAAUCGCGUCAGUUUGCCACAGCAACGACCUCGCAAUGAGCAACAUUCAAGUGCUCACUUUGCUGGAAAGUGUUCGUCCCAGUUUGACCAGCGAACAGUUAAAAUCAGCAAUAGAGCGGGCUUUUAAGGAUACAGAAUUACUCGAGAACCUCAGAGGAACAGCGGAGCUGCUUUCGUUCACUCACGUUCCUUCAGACGACGAAAUAGUGACUCGCAAGUCGAUGUUUGACAACAACAACUACUUGGGCUCGAGUUCCUCAGCAGCAACCAGUAUGUGUCAAGUACAAACUGCAUCUGUUAAGAAACCAAAGCCAAAGGAAACAUCGAAGAUUCAAAGUUUCUUGAAUGCAGCUGCCGAUGAUGGUUAUUCGGAGCAGAUUGCGUUGGCUGCUUUGGCGAGUCUAGGUGUUGAUGCAGAAGAAGACGACUUACUAUUGUGGUGUCUAGAAGAAGCUGACGAGGCUGACAUCGAGGCUCUUUACGAACAUGCGAAGCAAAAUCCCAUGAUUGCCCAAGAAAUCUUCCCAGAGGAGGUGGAGUCUAAUGAUAAGGAUAUGCCAGCCGAGGAUUUCCGGUAUGUUAGUAAUAUCAACUAAAAUUAACUUUCAUGCAACAAGGAACAUCAUUGUGGAUUAAUUAAAAAGUAUGUAAUCACAGACACUUGACAAUGUUUACGUUAAAGAGAAAGAGCUAAUGUCACUGUUUUGCGUAGGAUGCUUCCUUUCGAAAUAAAAGUUGCAAUUUGUUUUCUGGUUUGAAUAGUUAAGCUUACGUGGUGGGUGUGACAACUAGAUGGUUUUCGAGCUAAGAUAUGAAAGCAACCAUCAAAAACUGAGAUUUUGAUAAUUUUGUUUUGCUUCAGGGAAAACGAUACCGACUCAGACCUGGUACUGGAGAUGUCGUCCACGCCUGCUGAAACCAUUUUUGCAGAGCAGGCGGUUAGCCAAGAUGAAGAUAACGAAACAGAGAUCGGUCAAUAUCUUACACUCACUCAGCUUGGAAACAUCUUAAGAGAACUUUCAGUUCUAGGUAAAACACUCACUUGGAUUCACGAAAAACAGCUAAAACCGCUGCUGAGGUUAAUGAAAAUCUACAGCUGAAAUAUCAAAAUUAUCUCUGUUUGCUGAACCAUGAACAUGAUAUUAAUUACACGUUUCAGGCAUUGGAGCGACAGCUCGCACCUUUCCAGCAUUCUUAAAGAGAGGACGACCCAACCUCAUGCUUGUCCCGAAAGGUAGGUCUAUUAGGAAGCCAGGGAGCACGUUGUCAGAUCGGUACAUUGUUUUAAAGUACUAAUAACUGAAAUAAUUUUGGUCUUGAGGCCAUGUAUUCCCUAUCUUGCGUACUUUACAUGAAAGCAUGUUUUCUACACUAACAUUUGUUCUUUGUCCUACCCAUUUUGUUGUAGAUGACAUCCUUGCCACAGUCCUUGCCCUUUAUAUGCAUGACAAACAGCAGCCUUUGCCAAGCCAUGCUGAGGUGCUUCUUUGCACUCCUGACACCACCACAGAAGAGGUACAGUGUACAUUUCGGCAGGAUUUUCUCAAGAUAUUUUCCUAUUUUUAUACUGAUAUAUAUAUGAUUCGCAUAUCCAACAGAUUGAGGAAAGUAGGGAAAUUUCCCGCUCAUGAGUUGAGUGGCUCAACCACUAAUUUUUUGCCUCCUAUUGGUUUCUUUCUUACUUAGAUCGAGUUGCUAUGGAGACGUGCGACAGGGGACAUGGAGGGUCGAUUUUAUUGUCUCGUACACGCAGAUGUGUUGGAUUUUUCAGUCAGUAAGCAAGCAGUGGAAAUGCUGGGUGUAGUGACACAGGGACUUGCUGGCAAGGCUGGAGAACGUGAGUUUGACUUGAGUUAAAUGACAUGUUUUUCAUCGGAAGGCUAAGUUUAUGGGUAUGAAUUGCCGGUGGUUUUUUUGCUUCUCAGAUUAUGGCCUGGUGGUAAUCUGCAGUAGCGAGAAUGAAGAUCGUACCAACGUAGUAGCAGCUCUUGAUCAGUAUCGUGUUGCUGCUCCACCUUGUCCUUCGCCAGAUGACCUGAAAAGCUACCUCAAGCAUCAGUUCCAAGCACCUCCUUCUCAGUACGGUUACAUCAGUGGUAGUAAGAUUACUUGGACAACAGCUGGAUCCUUAGACCCAGAAAAGUAAGUUCUCGCUGAUGUUCCCUGAGAUUAAGACAGGGAAGCCUCCAUUCCGGAAAUAUCCUUGGAAAAUGUCCAGGAAAAAAGUUUUCCUUGCAAUGCGGGUGAAAGAAGCAAAGUUUGUAGAAGUGUUUUGUUCAAAUUGACUGAAGUCUCCGUUCCUAGAAUGGAGGAUUUCAAAAAGAGAAACUCUGUUGUAUUGUCCGAGCGGUAUGAUUCGAAAUAGCGGGCUUCUUGUGAUGAGGAAUCGUGCAGCUAACAUGCUGAUUUUUUGUAGACUCUCCGUUCGAGUUGUCUCAUCACACCGAGGAGGUUUGGGAAAGACUCUGUUUGUUCGUCGCUUAACAGAACAACUGCCUAACCUCGUAAACAACGACAUGGUUCUAACAAAUUUGCGAAGAAAGGACUCGAAAACAUUCUUGCACGUUACCGUACCUCUUCAUGGAAACUCCACAGACUCGUCGAUGCUUGUUGAUGCACUUCUUCCGCAUGCAGUGAAGGCAAAUGUACCGCUGUCCCGUAUAUUCCAUCUGGACGUGUCACCUUCGGUAAUAUAGUAAAUACAUGCGCAUUGAAACUUGAAUUAAUAUUUGCAGUGGCCAAUACUUGUAACAUGCACAACCGGCACGUGUCUUCAGUCGCGUCAAAGGGCUAGAUUCACAUUUUUUAUUUACAAGUGCUGUCAAUAAGAUCUUGAACGAACGUUACUCUAAGUAAAUUUCAUAUAAUUUAAUGCUGCUAGGGAAGUGCUAACAAAAACUUCAGAAUUGAGGUGUCUUAAAGCUUUUCAAGCUCUUAACAUAAUCUUUUGCUGAAUUGCAGUCGUAAGGACAAAGACUCAAUUCACUUAUGUCAAUAUCUUAUGACAUGUUAUGUUCUCUUUUUAGAUGAGACGUGGUCUGGACACCCUUAUUUUCAACCUCCUUGUCCUUGGCUACCUUUGUGACAAGAUGGGGAGAGUGUGGAGGAGACGAAGCACUGACUUGUACAUCAUUGAGAUUACGACCGCUGCUCCCCUACCCAUGGGUUUCACAAGGGAGGAAGAAGCUCAAAGUCAAGGGGUGAGUGGAAAAGUUAGAGAGAGGGUGACUGUCAUCUAUAGAUUUUAAAUCAUCAGAAUAAUGCAGUAGCACAAUCAGGGAAAGGUUCUUCGUCCAUUGUUUUGUCGGUGAAUUAAAAUUUCAGAUGCUGAGUUUUGUGGAAGGAAGAUACAGAACCAAUAAGAGAGGUUACCCACAUCUAACGUUAUGUAGUCUGGAAAUCAAACCCGUGCCCCAACAGUGGAAAGCGAGUGCUUCCAAAGCAUCGGGCCUGGAAACUCAUGGGUUGGAAUCUUGGUAGUUUUAGAGUUCAGGAAGUAAAUUAAAUAUCCGUUGCUUUAUGGAAAGUAGCUCGUGUCCUUCACUGUCUCUUUUGAUAUCUUCCACUCUUUUGAUUUUCAGAGACAAGCUGGAAAAUCCACAAUGUCUAAGCGGCCAUUUUAUGACCUGCUACCAACUAUUGAGUGUCAAACUCCAAGAACUGUUCUCUGCCGUUUAGCAGAUACUUCAGGUAUUUAACUGAGAUUCAGAUCUUCUUCAAACAGCAAUUAACAGCUGAUUCUAAAGUGAGUUUCCUCGAAUUGUUUUCUAGAUAAACAGGACUGCAAUCCACUGUUUGAUGUCAAAGAGUUUCGAAAUGCACCGUUCCAGAGGGUUUAUCAAUAUCUGAAAUUGUCAAAUGAAGGAAAGAGUCUCGACAAUUUUACGUUUUCGCCAGGAAAUGUUGAUGAAGAUCAAAGGACAUGCCUCAUGCUCCUUUUUAGGUUUGUUGUACGUAACUAAUUGGAUGCCCUAAACCUGUCAACAGGUAGUACUUGCUGACUAUUUCUUUUCUGAAAGGUACAUUAACAAUUUAAAAAUAGAAUUUAAGAAGUUUAAGGAGACGUCCCUUUCCAACUUGAUACUUAGGCACAAACAUAGAUGAAAGGAAUAAUAUCUCUUUCUUGUUGAAGGUUAUUUAAACAAAGUGUUUGGUCUGCCAUCAUGGUUACUUACUAAUGUUUCCUUUGUAGAAAUUGCGGUAUUCCUGAUCCCUCGUGGUCAGAGAUUCGUCAUUUUGUGAGUUUCUUGAACUCGCAGCUCCGAGACUGUGAACAGAGUUUUUAUUGUGAUAUGCAGCUGAUGAGUGCUGUUUUAGCAGGACCCAAUGUGCUGAAUCUUGAAGGCUUCCGCUCUUUCGUUGUGCGCUUUAUGAUACAAAUGUCGAGGGUAAGCUGGCAUUCCAAAUCUUCACUUACCCAACCUUCUUAUAGCGUCCUGCUGACUCUGGGACAGUUACAGCAAUAACACACGUGCACACCAACCUAGUAUACCAGAGGCAAACUAUGAUAGUUUCGUACCACUUUACAAAGGUUAUUUAGAAUGGUGUCUCCGUAGCGAAGGAAAGGUUAAAGUUUUCUCUACAUAGACGUUGGCUUUUAUCCUUAAAAUUAGUUACAUGCGUCAACUUCGUCGUUUUCAUUGAAUAUUAUCUGGCUAUCUACAACGUAUGUUUUAGACUUAUAUAGUCAAUCCCUUCUUCAAUUAGUCAGACAAGUUUUCAGAACUAAAGAACUCGGAUACUGGGUUUUAAUUAAUUACCUUGAGUGGUGGAGCUUCUGAAUUUAUUACAUGCCUUGGUGGCUUUUCAGGAGCAGUGAGUACCAUAAAGAGUUAUUUCCUUUCCUUUAAGGAUUUUGCUACUCCAUCUUUGACGGAGGAGAACACUGUAUUCUAUACAGAGGAUAACGCAGAGCUUGAACGAAAAGAGAUAGAACAGUUUCAACUCAGAAGACGUUGGGAAAGCAGGUGAGAGCUUAACUACUAACUUCACAGUUUUCUUGAUUAUCGCUGCCAUUUCUUUUGUGACGAGCUAACUUAGGCAGGUUACCUUUCAAGUAGCAAAAGUAUUGUCAGCUCGCUUUGUGCUAAAAUUAUCAGAUAAGGACUAUGUCCUCUCUUUUAAUCUCCCAUGUUUGGAACACAGUGUGUCUUAUGAUAGUUCUUCUGUUACAUAGUCCUCAUCCCUAUCUGUUCUUCAACCAAGACCAUAUAACUAUGACGUUUCUUGGUUUCUUCAUCAAUUCCGCUGGUGAUCUUGUUGACCCACAAACACGUCAAACUUUGGAGAAAGAUUUAAUGUCCAAACCUUUGCGAAAUGGUCUGCAGGCCCAACGUGUCGAUUUUGCAACCAACAUAGAGACCUCCGAAAAGUAAGUGCCAGACAAUAAAUUAAUUUUGGCAACUUGUCUUUGAAACAGAGUUAUCACAAUUAACUUUAGUUCCUUAAGGGGUCAACGUUCAGGAUUUCUGAUAGGGUUGAAAGUCAGUGCCUCGAUGCACCCCCUAGAAAGGAAAGCAGAUUUUCACCGAACCAUUUACCUCCUACGUGACACUUUGUUCCAUUGUGAUGAAUUUGUACGACAUAUUUUCCCUGUUUUAGAGAGGACAAGAUAAAUCAGUUAUGUUCUGUGAUGGGGGUAAACUGGUUGUAUGAUCCAGACAGAGCAUAUGAGUUAACUACAGACAAUGUCAAGAAGAUUCUGGCUAUUCACAUGAGAUUCAGGUAAGAGGUGGUGGUGGUUUUGAAUUCCCUUUUCAUUAUUACCACAAAUUAUAGUCAGAAAUUGCAAGGGUCAGAGCAAAUUCAAUUUUCAGUCUAAAUGGCAACGAAACUGAAACAGAUCGAACACAAACUCUACACACCUUUUCAACACUAUUUUGCCAUUGCCUGACAAAGUAAACUGGUUUUCACUCACUUCUAAGCUUUAACAUUUGCAGGUGCAACAUCCCUGUGAUCGUGAUGGGUGAGACAGGUUGUGGUAAGACUCGUCUCAUUCGAUACAUGUGCGGCCUACAAGCAGGGCCUGAAGGACCCCGUAACAUGCUUCUCGUCAAGGUAUGGUGAUUAUUAUAUUUCGAAUAUUUAUUUCUACCAGCAGCGUCCUGACACCGCAUUUUGGUGAUGGUAAUGGUGGAUAAGAUGCUGUUGAUUAUGGUUUGGCUAUUAUAAUGAUGGUUGGUGGAACUUGUCGAUGGUGAUAAAGCUGGUGAUACUCGUCUUCUGAAUAUUGUAUCGAUGGCGAUGCGAAUGCUGUUGCAGAUGGUGACGCUGUUAGGUAGGGAUUACGCGAUUUUGGUGACGAGCUCAUCUUGAUGGUGAUGGUGGUGGUGGUGAUGGUGAGCCCAGAGGUAGCGAUGGAAACUGGGAUGGUUUUAGUGGUUCUGUUGUACGUGGUUCUGGUACAGAUGGUGGUUAUAGCGGGGAUGGUGGGGAGAGUGGGGGUAUUGCUGGAGAGUUCAAGGGUGGUGCUGCUGUUGCUGAUGGUGUUUUGAAAAGUUGGGGAGUUAGUGAUAGUUUUAUUGAUGCUCCUGCUACGUAUGGUUGCUUGUGGUGGGAAAUGAUAGCGCUGCUCCUACUGGUGGUAUGGAAUCUCUGUCAUAAAAUAGGUAAAACUUAUCAGUUUCAAGAGGUCAUAUACAAUCCUUUUUGUUGCGAAUGGAUGACACACAUGGCUAUUAUACUUUCGUCGUACAUCAUCUUCCUUUCAAGGUUCAUGGUGGAACAACAUACGAAGAUAUCAAGCUCAAAGUUCACCAAGCAGAAGAAAUGGCCCGCGCAAAUCAAGACAAGAAUAUUGACACGGUUUUGUUCUUUGAUGAAGCCAACACAACAGAGGCACUGACCAUGAUUAAGGAAGUUAUGGUGGACCGAAGAAUCAAUGGUCGGCCUAUUGGACAAGGCAUGGAAAGGCUGCAGUUUAUUGCUGCCUGUAAUCCAUACAGAAGGUAAAAGAUGUGUCUUCUGCUCCAAGCUUAAAUAAGCGUAAAGUGACGUAGAAAUGAAUGGUAAGAGCUAAGUGUUGUUGUCUUAUGUAUUUCUAGGCACACAGAUGACAUGAUCCACAAGCUGGAGUCAGCUGGUCUUGGAUAUCACGUAAAAGCAGAUGAAUCAGAAGAUCGGCUGGGUAGGGGACGAUAUAACGUUGAAUUUCCUUAGAAUUUUGUCCCUAUUUCGGGGAUUUUUCUUUGGACGUUGAUUUUGAAGAGCGGUGGUGCCUUAUUCAGAAUUGUUUGUGCAGCUUCAAUGUUGAAUGAUUCCUAAACAGGGAAGAACUUCCCUACUAGGCAAUUGUCCCAGCAAUAAUUCCCUGUUGGCUGACUCCCGGCAAUUGCGACAGGCUCUGGUCAUCCAUGUUGGGUUACACCCUGAAAAAAAAAUAGUCGCGAUCAAGAACAGAGAAAUUCUAUCCCACAUGCAAAUGUGGUAGAGCAUGGUGGGGAAUUAAACUGUCGCUUGGAAAUUAAUUUUUAGUAAUAAUUGUUCUCCACAGGUCAUAUCCCAUUACGUCAUCUCGUCUACCGUGUACACGCCCUCCCAGGGAGCAUGCGCCCGUUGAUAUGGGACUUUGGUCAACUGAAACCAGACGUAGAGAGACUGUAUACCAACCAAAUUGUUAGCCGUUACGUAAGUGUAUUCUAAUAGUUUCUCUGAACUCAAAAGAUGGUCUUUCUAACCCGUCAAUUAUCUGACCUCUGUUCGAGGAAAUGAAUCUAGAAAUGCAUGACAUGUUUAAGAGGGCUGAGUGAACGUUUUCAUUUAAACAUUCUGAAUCAUGGUUUGUGGUUGGAGUACAGGAAGUAUGACAUUUAGUUACUUAUAUCAUACUGAUGUUAUGUGUAAAUCCUUAAAAUGAAACGUCAGUCAACCAAACUAGGGUGGGUUGUUGCUUUGUCUUUUUCCUUUUUCUGGAAUAACUACGAGUGAAGAGAGCAAACGCCAUUUUACUUUUCCUAAACUAUCUUUUGUACAAUUUUAUUUUACUUUUGUGUUUGGGUUGUUUUAAUGAUAGAUUCUUCACGAAGGCCAACUAGCAGGAGACUCUUCAACAGUUCAAGCAGUCGCUGAGGUUCUAGCAGCCUCGCAAAAAUAUAUGAGAGAUCAAUCGGUACGUGAAAAGCUUUAAAACAUGGUGGCGGUGCAAGCCGAAAGAGAGAAUAACCCUUUUUUCUUUUAAUCAAGGAUGAAUGCAGCUUUGUCAGUCUGCGUGAUGUCGAAAGAGCCAUGCAAGUGAUGGUCUGGUUUUAUAAACACGUGGAUACACUCGGUAGACUUAUGAGAAAGGUGACCGCUGAGCAACGAAGGGAGGAAGGUUUAGACGUCAGUAAAGAUGAUGAGGAGGAAGAGGUGGUAAUAAAGCCAUUUGUCAUUUUAUGCUCCAAUAAAUACAAUUCUAUCGGAAAUAGGAUUCGUGCCAUAAACAAUUCCAAAUAAGCUAUUUUCAAGCUCCAGAAAUCCUCUCAAACCGGUGGAAAUGUUUCUUGAAAGUCAGUUUUGUUUGCAAGAAAAUUGGACUAAGAAAGAUCGUAAACUCUGAAACGUUCCUUGUUUUGGGCACUUCGGAUGUUCCUUAUUGAGUAAUUGUAUGAUCCUACAAAAUAAUGAUCAGGAAUGAAUUGCUGAAGAUUUGGUGCUAUAAGACAUUAUCUUGCUCAAACCACAAAUAGGUGUGUGUAUUAUUGAGGAAGUCCAAUUAUGUUUGAGGGGGUAGAGAGUGGGGCCGCGAGAAUUCUGUUUAAAAGUAUCAUGAUAUUGUAUAUUCCGCAGAAUAAAAUUACUCCUCUUACUCGUGCCCUGGUACUCGCCAUUGGUGUCUGUUAUCAUGCCAAGCUUCAGGAGCGGCGUGAAGAAUAUCGCACUGUUGUGGCACGCAGCUUUAAGGCGCCAUGUUUGCUUCCAGGUGGUCACAAGCAGAUACACCGUGAAAUUUCAAGGUAUGAGAAAAGUAUAAUGCAACGUGGUCUACUUCAUUUGAAAGAAUUAAUGACCCAGCCUUUUGGAACUUUUACGUACCCAAAUAGAAAGAUACUUAUUGCGGCCAGUCUACUUAUAGUUCUAAACUGUGUAUUUUAUUUAGACAAAGAAGGUUUUGGUCCAUAUUUACGUGGUGUUGACAGAAGUGUGAUCAACAGGAAAAGAGUUAUGGAGUUUGGGUUUUUACUCACACCUUAGCUAGUUCUUUACCAGAUGUAAGCAAGAAAUUUAUCUAAUGUGUCCUAUUUUUGUAUGUGAUAGUUGUCAAAGAGCUGUGCUAAACGAGUUGGAACUCGGCCCCAACAUCGCUCGUAACACAGCCUUGAGCGAAAAUGUGUUUAUGAUGGUGGUGUGCAUUGAGCUCAGGAUCCCAUUAUUUGUGGUUGGAAAACCAGGCAGCUCAAAAUCUUUGGCCAAGACGGUUGUUGCUGAUAACAUGCAAGGCGAUGCUGCGAGAUCGGUACUAUUCAAGACCUUCAAGCAGGUUAUAUCGCCAUUUCAGAUACACUAUAAUGUCAUUUCCUUCUUUCCUCAAGUGAAAAGCAAUUAGGAUCGAUGUGAUGAGAAUUUGAAGGAGAUAUGUUGAUCUCGCGGUAGUUAAUUUCCUUGUUACGUUCAAGUUCGAGCUUUGGCUGGGUUAUUAUGUUGACUUGCUCGAGACACGUUACUAUAACAGCUUAUUUAUGCGCCAAAAAGUACGAAUGGUGACUAGCACACUUUCAAGGAACUCGAUGAAUUGUUCAGGGAUAUUAGUCAACCAUUCGUUAUAUGAUCAUAAUCAGUUUUACACGCUUCGAGUAGUCCACAGUACUUCUGCUCUACGUUUUGGAAUUGGAGGGGAUAUACAUUAAGGAGGAUGUUAAUCUCAGAGUCACACCAAGUACCUCUAACACCCCUUUCUUCCCAAAAAGUGUUGUAUGCGAAGCAUGCUUAUGUUCACCUCAAGAUACGUUUUAAAAGACAGUACAAUUAUUUAUUUCAUGUUAGGUUCACAUGGCAUCAUAUCAGUGCAGUCCUUUAUCAACCCCUGAGGGUAUCGUGGCGACUUUCAAGCAGUGUAGCAAGUUACAGGAGGGAAAAAAUCCAGACAAGUUUGUUUCAGUGGUAGUCCUUGAUGAGGUUGGUCUGGCAGAAGACUCUCCUCUCAUGCCUCUUAAAACUUUACAUCCAUUGCUCGAGGAUGGUGUAACAAGUGCAGAUGACGUCAUCGAGACUGACGAGAAACCGCAGCGCGUGGCUUUCAUUGGAAUCUCAAAUUGGGCCCUGGAUCCCGCCAAAAUGAACCGUGGAAUCAUGCUGUCGCGUGGGGUUCCAAGCGAGGGAGAACUUAUAGACAGCGCUAUGUAAGUGAAUUACAUGGUAUCCUUUCGCUUUGGCGCUCAUAUUAACCCAUGCCAAUAUGUUAUUGCGGCUGCUCAACUACUUUUGUUGGACCUUGUGAAAACCGUGAUAACUGUGGUAAAGAAUUUUAAGAAUAAAAUGUAUCAAAUGGCUUUGAUCUCCGUUAAAAUUGGUGGCCUUUAGAAAUAAAGUUAUAGUCCCUCCAUCCACUAUGAUGUGGUGAUAUCUCCGUUUUAUUGAAAAUCGGUAUUAGCCAAUGACUUACAGCAUGAUAAACACGAGCAAACUCCCAAACUAUUUCCCCUACUGUUAAGGUGCUACUUCGCUAUGUUUUUAGUCAGUCCUCUGUCGUUUUGAGUCAGGUUUGGAAACAGACAUUCCUUACCUUCCUUUACACAUGUGAGUAUUGUUUUCCAGGGGAAUUUGCUCCACGGAUGAAGUGGUGAAAGCUUUUAUUCUGCCUCUCAUAUCUCCACUGGCCGCUGGAUAUGCACAACUUUACAAGGAACAGAAAAAAUUUGCAACGUUGAAAAAAUGUGGCAAAGAAGAAUUUUUCGGUCUUCGUGACUUUUACAGGUUUGAUAUCUGAGAGCGUACCUUUUACAUCGAUUCUUUUUAGCUCGCUUCUUUAAUGAUGCUUAUACUAGGAAAUUAUGUGCUCGAAGUGAUUAAUCUCUUGUGUAUCUUUACGCCAGCCUCAUAAAGAUGGUGUACGCAAUCGCUGCAAAAUCUCAACAGAGACCUCGCUGGCAUGAAUUAGAACAUGCUAUCAAGAGGAACUUUGGUGGCCUGAUUGAAGGAGACCCUGUAGAGAUAUUCAAACGCUACUUUACCGAAAAAGAUGUAAGUUGACCUAUAGAACAAUGUUAAGCUAGUGUCGAACUUGUUUCCACAUUCUGUUCACUCUACUUCAUUCAUAAAGUACUGCAAAAUGGUACACUAAAUCGUGACCACAUAUCUGAUACAGGAAAACUUUGAUCCAUGGUAUCAAUAGAGGAUUAUCCACAUCAAAUUUAAGGGUUUUUUUAAUUUUAACCAGUUUGGUUCAUGUAUGUUUAGCUCGGAAAUGUAGUUAACACUAGGGCUGGAUUUAAUUACUUGUUCAACCUGACUUGUUCCUGUCAUUGAAGGAUGACGACGUUGCCGAAACCUCCUCGACAAUAAGAUUGAUCGAGGCAAGUCUUGGAAGGGAAGACGUUGCAGAUAGAGCUAAUUUCAGGUAUAUGUACAGUUCAUCCCAAGCCAUUUUUUCAUUCCUUCAUUUGUUGGUUCGUCUAGUUGUAUGUAAGUAGCUGACAUAAAAUAGGGACAGGAUAACUUUUCAUGUUAACUUAAUGUCUCACAGUGAAAACCGUUACCUUCUGAUUCUGACUGAAAAUUACGCCGCCCUACCCAUCAUGCAGCAGCAUCUUUUGAGAACAGCGGAUGACGCAGUUGUCAUCUUUGGAAGUAGUUUUCCAAAUGACCAGGAAUACACUCAGGUAAAAAGGAAAGGAGGAAAGACUCUUUAUAUCUUACGAGAAUUGUUAUACUCCUCUCAACUUCAGAACCAACACAUUGCUGUUAACAGAGUUACAUUAAUUACAGUUUGGGUCGGUUUUCGACAUUUCACGAUAAUACUUUCUUGUCUUUGAGUUAGCAUGACAGUUUAUCCAGGACUUACUAUCAAAUGUUUUGAGAGAUUGAGGGAGAAGUAAACAAUGAUGGCAUGAAAACGUAAACUUAUGGAUAUAGGAACAAAUUUUUGUUACGAAGGAAUCCAGUUUCAUGUGCGAACCGAGAGAUGAUUGUAAAUUGUUUGACUGUACAACUUACGUCAGUAACUUGAUAUCCAGAUUUGUCGCAACAUCAAUCGCAUCAAGGUUUGUAUGGAGACAGGAAGAACAGUGAUCUUAUUGAACCUUGAAAGUCUCUACGAGAGUCUAUACGACGCCCUAAACCAGGUAUGAGAUAUCCGUUGCAAAUUUGUGGUUAACAUUCGCAACGCCUCUCUUAAAAAGUAUUGUAACUAUUAUUUUAUAUGUUAAGUCGUGUCUUCAAUGGUAUUGUACAUGUACUAAAGUGGAAAAGGCUUGAAAAUGUUAAGUCUUAUUUCUUGGUAUGCUGUAUUUCUAGUAUUAUGUGUACUUUGGGGGACAGAAGUAUGUGGAUCUUGGGCUUGGUACUCAUCGCGUCAAAUGUCGUGUUGAUGAUGGCUUCAAGUAAGAAUUUUGGCUGAUUACUUGCAAUCCACGUCAUAAUUAGCUGAUACAUCAUGUUUGAAUAGUCCUAUGUAUGCGUAUAGUAACGCUCCUGUCUUUUCCACACUCUAAUCAUUGAAAAGACGCCUCCCCAUUCAAUGUUACCUCUAUGUAGCUGAAGGUUCAUGGAAUCAUGAUACAAGAUUGUUUUGGGAGGAAGGGGGCGAGUAGGUUUACUUAAUAAGUGCAAACGAGAUAAAAUUGAAGUGCUGAGGGGUUAAAUAAGGCAACAUGUCAACAAUUUUGUCGCUUAUUGUAGAUAAUCUUGAUCCUUACGAACAUUUUAUUAUUAUUAGGUCAAGAAUGUUUUUUUUUGUGUUUACUGGUAAGCAAAUUCAUUAAAGGGAGCGAAAAAAAAACCCUAAAAUUUACAUCGUUCCCAACGUUCUCCCAAUGUGCCCUCGUGGCCCGGUGGGUGAUAACGUCUUCCUAGUGUCGUCCGAGUGUCUUUUUAGGGUCGAAUCCUGUGUAAUCCAUGAUAAUUUCACUCCCUUUUGUUAUUGUGGUUCAGCUGUCACCGCCAUUUCGUUACCUCUUAUCGUCUUGGAUCGAAAAGAUGAUUAGUUAUUUCAUUCACACUGAAAUGGUGAGGUUUAUAAGUCGUACUUCUGUUUUGUAACAAAAGUUAACUUCUACAUCUAUCGACUCUUAAGCGGCCAGACAGAAAGCAUGAUAAAUGUUGAUGUGCUCUUCACGUUGUAGUCUCCUUCCUAGCCGUUGUCUGGAUUACGUUUCAAAAACAAUUCCAAGCCUUUGUCGUUUUCAUCGUCAUUUUCGUUCCUUCGUGUUCCUUCACAAACGCAGUGCUAGUGAGCCAUAGAGCCUUAACCCAAUGUUUUCAUCGCUUUGAAUUUAAAGUCACUUUCCCUAACGCAGAUUAAUCGUGAUUGCUGAAAAGGAAGUGGUGUACAACAACUUUCCCAUUCCGUUGAUUAACCGCCUGGAGAAACACUUCCUUGUGACCUUAACAAGUUUGACUACUGACCAGAAGGUUUUGGUACAGAAACUACGGACUUGGGCCGGUGAAUUUGCCGAGGUUUCGGGUGAAGGCAGACGUGGCAGGUGAUGUUACACAAAAAGAAUUUCGAAGCUUUUGUUAUGAGGACAUUCAAUGUUAUUGCAUUUUGCAGUUUUCGGAAUACUGCGCGAUUUUGGGUGUGCUUUGUGCUCAUGAUUAUAAAAAAAAAACUAUUGGCUUUUUCUCAAUGCUGAAUUUUGCCGUAGAGGCGCAAUUUAAAAUGUGAAUAAGGUAAAGCAUAUGGAACAACUAUUCAUAAUAUGAACAUAUAGAUUUUGGGCUAUUUUAUUUUAAUAUUUUUAAUUCGAUAUUUUAUAAAAGGGACUUCUCCAUCGGAGACGCAUUUGUUGGAUUUCACGAGGAUACAAUUCCCUCCAUUGUUAUGCAAGUCUGUAAUGAAAUUGAAAGAGAAGAGCACUCAUCGGCAAGUGAUGACACAGAGGAUACAUGGGAAAUGAAAGUAAGCUUCAUGGAAAUGUCAUUUUAAUAUACAUACAUCUUGAUGGCUUCCGCGUAUUUUAAUAAAUGGGAAAUUUUGCGAGUUGCAUAAAUUUUUAUUCCGUUUAGUGACACUCAUCAGUACAGCGAGCAAAUUCUGCUCGAGUAUGUGUAGCAAUUGGUUGAGGAUUAAUGAUUUGACCAUUAUGUAAUUUGCUUAUAUUUUUUCCUGCUGAAUUAUUAAAUACUUUGAUCACCCCGAGAUGCGUGCGAAAGAUAGGACAUUAAAUGUAACUCCUAAUUUACAUGCUUUGCCUCCAACAUGAAUUAGGUUUUUGAUGACGAAGACUGUAGUGUUAAGUACAAGUUCACUCUCAGUAGACCAGCAAAGUAACAUUGUAGGUGUCUUUUCUCCCACUCACAAGGUACUUCGAAGAUCUCAGAUGAUGCUUUUGGAGAUGGCUACACCUGAUGCCAUUGCUCGCCUUCCUCACACUGCUUUAGAGAGACGAGCCCCUCAUAUCUGGAAUGCCUACUUUAAAGAACAACAGCACUCAAGUUUGGCGACGUUCAUGUCGCACGUGCUCAAUUUGGAGGAUAGACGUGUUGAUAAAAAGCGUCAGGAGGGGCUCUUGAUUCAAGUGAGUGAUGGGAAUACAAUGUCGUUAGUUGACCGUCUAUUUUAUAGUUGGCUUCUCUCCGGGGUAAGAUAGAGGACUUAAAAACCACAUAAGCAGCAAUAUUUACAAGCCCUAACAGUGUAAUGAAUGGUUAAGUGAAACUGAAGGCCUUUAUCUUAUGCAAAGUCUUAAAGGCGUCGGAGCACACCCAUGAGUAAUGUCCCAUCAUUAAAACAUGUUUAAUUGAACCAGGUUUAACCGUAAGAAAAUCAGCAACAGACAACCGGAGAACUAAAUUUACAUAGGGCCGCCUUAAUCUCUAACUUGUAAUUUUAUUGUGCUUGAUUUGAAGUUGAAAGAAGUCAGUUUAAGAAUCCCUAAUUUAAACCGUGUUUCAGCUUUGUUGUGAAUAGGGUAUGGCUGUUUAAACUAUGUUUUAAGUUAGCAAGAGGAGGUUCAGAACGAGGGCAAGGAACAUAUUUGUGAUGCUGAACCUGAAACUCGACAUGCAUUCGUCUCAUCCGGUUGGUGAUAUCACCAAUUGAUAUGCUAUGGGCAAAUAAACAAAUCAGGGAUGGCUCUUGCAAGACCAAGAAUAUCCAUAUUUGUUCUAUGUGUGUUCGAUUUUGUCAUUAAAUGGACUGGUUUUCAUCUUUUUUUUAGGUUACUACUCAUUCACGUCUGCUCUCUAAGAACGAUUUGGGAGACAUAUGCAUUCAAACUGGCUUUGAACGGUCGACUGUGGAUUCCAUGAUACUUCAACAGUUUCAAACGGAACAACAGUUUAGGGCUUCAGUCAGGUGAGAUCUUGAUGCACGUUAGCGCGCAGAACAUUGUGACUACACUGAUUAUGCAACAGAAGUCCAUUAUCUGUAAGAGACGAGCUAAUAAAAAGGCAAAAAUAUAUGUUGGAGAGAAGGACCUUUAUAGGGAUAUUUUCAAGUUUUGUUUACGAGCGUUACUUUUUAUAUCCAUUUAUUCGAUAAAUUUCUACUUUGGAUAAUUAGGCAUCUCCACUAUCACAACCACAACCGGCAUGUACUGCUCAUUGUCUAUGCGAAUUUUGUCUGUGGCUAAGACAUUCUUUAACUGACAUUGACAGCUUAAAGUGUAUCUCACCUCGUAAGUCUCAAAUAACUGUGUUACGAUUUAUACCUUGUUUUUCUCUAUUGAAAAGAGCCUUCAUCUUUUUCUCGCAGAACCUUUUUUGAACACCUCGGUGGAGAAUGUCCUGGUAUUCUUCUGGUUCAGUGUGAUUCAGGAGAUGAAAACUUCAACCUGAUUGCGGGUGCAAGACACAUUCUGCUGGAAGAGCGAACAAACGCCUCUGAAAUGCUCAACUUGUCUUCGUGGGAAGCUGUCCACAUUGUACUGAUCACUCAGCUGCCGAGAAUAGCUGGUGGAUGUCGUAACUUUGUCGGUUUCCAGGGUGGAAAAUGGAUGUCCGCCCACAUUGAUGAACUUCGUCCACCUGGUAAGCACACUCCUUCCAUCCAGCAACUCAUCGAUCGUCCCAUCAGUGAGCUUUUUAGUGGAGACCCCAUUGAGGAAGAUGACUCCAUACCAGCGGUGACGGUGGCGGUGAAGCUCCUUCGUAACUGUGUACAGGCGGCUGCGUGUAAGGUUGAUAGCGAAACGGAAUCAGCUGAACGGUCAAUUAAAAGGAUUGAGCUGCUUUUGGAUUUACUACCUGAUGACUAUCAAACUCAGGGGGGUCAGUAAAGAGAAACAAUAUGACAUAAAAGAAUUUUAUAAAAGUUCACAAGUCUUUCAGUUUAAGGAAUAUAACCUUUUCGGAAGGUGCAAUCGAAGUCUUCAGUGUUUUAAAUUUACCUUUCUUCGUAUUUGGAAGACGAAUGAAAAAUCUCUAAAUUUUACUUGAAUAUUGCAAUCAUCCAAUUGUACCAUCGGUGUUAUCCUCAAAAGAUCUCCAGAAAUUUUUGGGAAGUUAUUGAUUAAGGCGCUCCUUUUCCUGUAAUUGAAAAGAUUUUCUAUUUUCAACAAUAAAAGGUACCCAAGAAGUGGAGACCUCUACAGAUUGGCGAACAGCAGAGUCGCUGUGGUAGUGUAAGAAUAACGCGCAGAAUAACGCAGAGGUCAUUGUGAUAUAGAAGCUACGAAAGGCAAUCCAUUUAUACGGCUUCCCAAAGUUGUGACCAUCUUCAUCUUUUGUGUCGUCAGGGAAACUGCGAGAAUGGCAAGGGUGGAUUGAUUGGGUAAUUCGCCGCUUAAAGUGUGGAACCUAUUUAAUCAACAAAGCAAUAUUGGAUUGGAACGAGCAUCAAAUUUGCGACCUUUGUUGAUCCAUUAAACCAAUUCAAUUUUGGGCGCAGUGCUAAAGGACUUUUAAGUGUUAUUCAGAAUUGUAGUUUUGGGGGUAAUAGUUGAAGGAAUGCAACAUUGUGUGAAGUGAGUUGGAAGAGCCAGGUUUAAUUUAGCAAUUGGUAGAAUUCAACUCCUCAAUUUCACUAUUUUAUUAAUUUGUUUAAUCCUCACUCCCAUCUCUUUUAAGAUGAAGAGUCGUUUGCAAGUGUGGCGGUACAAAGAACAUACCACCUUUUAAAGGAAAGGGAGCUAACAGCGGCAAAUCCACAAGGAUGGCUCCAAUCAGAAGCUCUCUCGGGAACAGGGGUGCAAGAGUGGGGCACCUUUAGAAAGGCUCUUCUGCAGCGAGUAUUCUCAGUUGUGGUUCCUAUUUUGGCUGAGAUCAUUGCAUUGGCAGACAGAGACGGCAAUUUAGAUUUGUUGAAGAAUGACAACACGUGGGUUUCGAUGCUGUGGCUGAAGAUCUUGGCCGACCGUAGCAUCUCAGAGCUGAGUUACAGUGACAUGAUAUCACCCGCAACUAAUUCUGUUCGAGAACGUGUUCAAGUUAUCGGUUCUGGGGUCGGUGGUCAUCGUUUUUCUUGCCGAUUUCCAUUUUCGUUUAUUAUCAAGCAACGCGUGGAAAAAUUGUUAAAAGACGCAGCUAGCGUCGAAGGUACAUGAACUACUUUUUGGCAUUUUUUUGCCUAUUUAUUUUCACUGUUGUCUUUCUGUUUUAUAAAACAAGUGAGUCACACAAAACAGUCACCUUAGCUAAGAUUUAGUGUAUGAUCACCAAGAUAUGAGUAAAUCGAGACUGACGACCACUAUUGGUGCAGUCUUUUCCUAAAUUUUCUAUUCACGAAAACAUGAAAUGUUCUCAAAAAUGCAGGUACGAACAUGAAACAAAUCACUUAAAGUAAAUUGUCAAUCAUGGGCAUCUCGGAUAUGCACUAUAUAUUCUGGUGUUCAGGAUGUCAGUGAGGUAAAUUGAAGGACUCGAUUUAGUUCUGUUUAGCAACAGUUGUUUCAUGUAUGUUUUUUUCCUCGGUUGCAGUUCAUUCUAGCGCCACUCUGUUGGACUCUCUUCGUGAAUUGAUCGGUAACUCGCAGUUGGGACCUCCACUCCAUGAAUUGCGCCGUCUGUACUCCGCGGGAAUGCAGUAUCUGAUGGAUUUUGUUCACAUGGUGUACAAGCCUUCCAGCGAUGUGGAACACGAGGUUUCUUUUCUACCAGUGUUUUCAUCGCAGUAUAAGAUUCCUUUGGAGAAUAGUUAUGUUUUCUUUCGUAGUGCUUGCCUAGGCAAGAAAUCAUUUAUAGACGUAAGCUAUCAAAAACGAUGCAAAUAUACCGAAUAUGUUACUAUACAAGAGGGAAAGUGACCUUUUGAUAGGAAAGUCAGGAAAUGUCAUAGAAAAAUACUAAGCUGUUAAGUUGUGAGAUGAUGCUCUCUUUAGCCCGAUUACAUUUAAGUUUGCUUUUUUUUCUUCCAUUUAUUCAGCUUGUUUACGAAGCGAUUCUUUCGUCAGCGAGAGAAAUCGUUACCUUGGAAGAUGAGGAUGGUAACGAGUCGAUUGAUAUAGCACUCGUUCAUGUGGCACACAGUAGAGUUCAACACCGUUUGAAAUGUUUUGAUAAACUCGUUAAAGCGAAUCCAAAUCUAGUACCAAGACUACGGGAAGCUCUUCAAGGAAACGAGCCAGAAGUGGUGGGUUUAAAUGCCUUAUUGUAGCUGUUUGUAAUAUGUUAGUUAUAGGUUCAUCCCAAAUUUAAUGAGCUCUCAAUUUACUCAAAUUUUUUAGAGCAUUGUCUAAACAGAAGCUUUAAUUAGUAGUGAUUAUUAACUUUAUUUCUAUCACAUUAGGCAAAACUUUUCGCAGGGGUGUCCUACACUGAUACAUUUAUGUCCCUUCGACAGACUAGGUUAUUUUAUAUGUCUUGUUUUAUAACUGAAAAUUAUCACUUGUUUGUAAUGACGCGGCCGUCUCAAGCGCAAAAUGAGCCUCCCCUUCGUUUCAGGUACAACUUUUGGUAUUGUUUAACUGUUCUGUGAUAUAUUCUUUCCUGUAACUUUUUGAAAUUUUAAAAUGUUUACAGCUUUUGGAUGUCACAGCAUUGAACAUUUGUCUUGAGGCACUCCAACCUUCACGAGAGAUGUUGCUUUCUCCGGACACACGACGAACAUGGUGUGACAGAGUUUUGUCUAUAAGGCCGGCGGUGGAAGACAUGAUAAGGAAAGAGAGAUUUGGACCUGUCACUGAGAAAUAUUCAAACUAUGGAGAGAGAUCAACAUUAAUGCUUGGUCACUGCAGGUGAGAAAACACCGAAUUUUCCCUUUUUGAGGUUGCUUUUGACUGUGACACAAGCAAAAGCCGACCCAUUACGACUUCACCACGGACAAAGUGUGUAAUUCAUUAAGAAUUCCGGUUUAAAUCGACAUAUGCGCAAUGAGGCGCUAGAAUUACCCAGGAACACUGGACACCACUUAGGCUCUGUUGCUGUCAGUUUAAUCGGCAGACCUUAUUGGUAAGAUUUUGUAUAAUCAGUCAGUCAUUCGCUCCCUCCGUAUUUUAUGAGAGGAUUUUGCAUGUUGAAUCAGUUGGUCUUUUGGCCAGCCAUGUGUAGUCAUCAAGUGAAUGUACAAACUCCCAAGAGAGCGAACGUCGUGAAUAGAGAAGUAAAUGAUACCUCUUCAAAGAGAUAUUUACCACUCAUUAAAUAGGUAUUUUGCAGUCAUCUUUGUCCAAGCCAAGUUGGAAAUUUGCUAUUUGGGAAUUUAUACCGACGUUGCUGAUUUAAAUGGCAGGAAAUGAUUCUAGGUAUUGAAGAUGAUGCGAGAGAAGUUACUAAGGCUUUGGCCUUAGUAACUUUGUCGAAUUCAUGGGGAAAGUAUUUUUGCUACGCACAAAAAUUUCUUAAUUGUUAUCAACUCAAAACGUUCGUAGUACCGUACUUUAAGGGGUUGUCUGAAGGACCCGUAGAAUGUAUUAGAGAGCAUGUAGAUAAAAAAAGUGCUGCUUAUUAUUAAGCUAUUUCCUUCUUGUGUGGAUCAGGUCCAUGUGGCAACGAACAGGAGCUGUUCGACUCUUUGUGGAGCACGUGACUUUGUUCGCCGAGAACGAUAAAGAUGUCAAUUCCGAGAGCGCGAUCAGCUUGUGGAAUGUAGGUUAUAAUUAGGAAAUGCUUAACGGAAAUAUUCAACUAGAAAUUGAAAUUCUAUAAUAACAAACUGCUCUCUUCUGAAGGUUUUGGGAGAUGAAACUGACUUUUCAUCGCUGAGAUCGCUGCAGGCUAUUGAAAAUUUCUUGAUUAACUACAGUGAAGACAUCAAGCAGAGGUAAACCAGCACAGUUAAUUUUUUUUUUACAAUAUAGGGCCUUAAUCUCCUCAAGUAUCAGAGACUACUUUAUCGAUCAAUUUGCCCCCAACACGAGCCAUCUUUGGACUCACUUGUCACAAAGUUUUUCAAUAAAUUAGAUUUAAUCCAGGCUAACCACCUCCUGAUAUUUGGUUGGUGGUACUGAACUACUUAACUGAAAUUGAAAGCGGAGUAAAAUUUGGAGACACUUCAAGGCUUGUAAUUAUGGAAGCUGUCAUCGGCCUGUGGCGACUCAAGUAUUCAACUUCAGGGAAUGUGGUAGGGCGAGACCACUCGUCCCCUAAUUCUGUGGCCGAGUUUCAUUCCAGGACCCUGCAUCACACGAGGGCUUGCUUGGUUACUGGUUCUUGUCUUUGCUCUCCUGGUUUUUUUUUGGUUCCUGGAUCUUUUUCCCUCCCAUAAAAACCAAAACUCCAAAAAGCGAAUCGAAUAUGAUUACUCUGUGGAAAUAUACUGUGAAUAUUUUCACAAAGUAAUCAUAAUUUCUCGCAGCUUUCAAUGCCAAAAACUCAAGAUAUUUUUGGCUGAUGGCGGGAAACCAUGGCCCAUGACCGAAUAUGAACAGGGUAUCGAAUACGAAGUUUAAGAAAUAAGUCUAUUGCUAUGCUGAUACUUAUUCAUGAUUUAUUUAUGACCACAGGACUAAUGAAGAGACUGUUUCUGAGUUACGUCGCCGAUGUAAUGCCUUUUUCAUGGAGCUGGUGUCAAUAUUCUGUUUCGGGGACUCGAUGUCAAAGGACCUUGAACAGGAAUCUAUCUCUUUGCUCAUGCAUUAUGUUAUCGGUCAUCACUCAACUCAGACAAAGGAUUUCUCUCCAUUCCCUGAUUAUGCUAUAGACCCCACCCCUGUAGUGCGUUCAUUUCUUCUCCAGCAGCUAUUGCGCUCAAGGUAAGAGCAUUAAGAAACAAGCUAUUUCUCAAUGAAAGCACUCACACUUUCCUGUGCCUCUUAACAUGUCUGAUUUUCGUUACUCUUAUCUUCAAUUCACAUUAAAUUGUCCAAUUAACGAGGAGAUAAGUAUCUGCUAAAUUGUCUUUUAUUUUUAAAAUAGUGUGAAGUUGACAAAGUUGGUGAAAGAACAUCUGGGAGUUUUCUUUCAUGGGGCUCGGAACUUAAAACCUGAACCUUCGCACGUCAAAGAAGUCUGCUUCUUAUGCGUCCAGUGCAUGGAGGUGUGUAAAUUAAAGUAAUACUGUACUGGGGUUAGAGUAGUUCAACUGGAAUUAAAUUUUACUUUACAUACCCGAGAUGUUACUUAUUUCGCUUUUAUUAUAUGGAGUAAAUUGUACUAUCAAGUCCUAGAUGUUCUCAAAUCUAGCUACCUUUUCCUCAGGACAUCCUUAUCAGCCGUUAUCAAGCCAAAGUGGCCGAUUCGAAGGUAACAGUAAAGCUCAAACAUGCUAAAAAGACUUGCCAAGAGGCAUUAACAGCUCUCAAGGCCAGUGACGAGGAUUCUGCCGAAAUGAGCGCUCUCUCUCUGGAUGGGGUUGCUAAAGGACGUUACGUCUUAUCACUGGUGGUAGAGUACCUUUACAAGUUGUUCAUUGAGGGAGAUAGCAGCUACAAAGACCUUGACGCCAAGAGAGAAGUGAUGUUAUUAUUAGAGUCUGCAAGGAAGCUUUGCGUGGAAGUGUCGAGUUCGACACCGCAGCUUUACCUGAUCAAACAGCUUGUCUGGCGGUAUGGCUUGGACUGUGUCCGAACUCUGGGUGAAUAUAAGGAACUGGCGUGGAUUCUACCUCCAGAGGCCAGACAGCAGGUAGACAAUGAAUGAUUAAUGAAUGGAUUUCGUUAAAUGUGUGAGAACUGAAUCAUUAAAGAGAUAUUGUAUGCACAUAUCGUAAAUAGACAGGAAAGGAAAACUCUGGAUGUAAGGAGGAUUCAAUUUUGGUAAGUUCUGACUUUGUAGUCAGGUGCUCUACUUACUGUGAACGUGUUAACGAGGCAGGCCAUCUACUAUGAGAAGUAAAUUUCUCUGCACUUAAAAAGAACAAAUAUACUUAAACCUCGGGAAUAUCUCUCAAAAAAACCACAAGUGUUUCCAAAGCGCAACGGUUGAGGACUGGAGGAGCGGAAAAGAGGAAGAAUUUUGAAAAUCUAGAAUCUUUCCGUCCUCUUUUUCUACUGCUCAUAAUGGAACAGUUCGGUCAACUGUUUGAAGGCAACAAUCAUUUUACGUUUUACUUAUGGUAGUGCAUAUUGCUUGCUAUUGAUCUUUGGUCUUCGAUCUGUAGGAGGAGGAUAUAAUCCAAGACAGGUUUGUUGUUCAUGGAGACCAUUAUCGUGCCGUCCGUGAGGGGCUGGCCAAAACUGUCAUCAGUGGGAACAUCCAAGACAUUGUCACUGCCAUUACGGUUAGUGUUCCCUGUAUAUUUUUUUUCUAUUGUACCGUUUAUCUUCUUUACUAAUGAAAAGGUAAGGGUGAAGGCUGUGGAUUAUUGUGGGUUAUUUUGGAUUUUAUCAACUCCAGACAUCAGAAAUGACAGAUAUGUUUCACACGCGAUAAAGGAAUUUGAUGACUUGCGGCUUCCUAAUACAACUUGACGGUUAUACAAUAUCUAGUGAAUUAGAGAAAGAUGUUUUUCGUCUUGUCACCAGCGUGGGCCAAAGAAAAAAUUUUGAGCUCGGUAAAGAAAUAGAGGAAGAUGUUUUUUCGUCACGGGGACUCAGAAUUUUUCCUUUGUCCCACGCUCGUGACAAAACGAAAAAAAAACUUCCUCUAUUUCUUUAACGAGCUCAAAACUUGCCAUCUCUCGUAUUUCUCUCUGCUUAAUUGUUUGCAAUGCAUUCUUAGUAGUUCACAUUAUGUUAUUUCCUGGUCAUAAGCUUUUUUUCUUCGUUGGUCGCUUUCAAAAUUUGUUUACAUCAUGCGUCAGUUACAUUAUUCGUUAGUGGUGCAGCCCCUCCUAAGAAAUAUGCUGGAUCCACCCCUUGUGGAUUAUGAUGACAGUCUUAGUAAUUUGGUGCUAUCCACUGAGUUGAUAAUGAAAAUUGGCCACCCUUAAGAGUUUAUAAGCUGAUAUUCUAGCUUAACCCUUCGCCAUUCGCUCUGUUUCUUUAGAAACUUACCCUCUUUAAUCAGUUAACGUAAUCUUAGAAGACUUAGAGGUUAAAUUUUACAGUUUUACAUCUCACAACUAUAUUGGUGAGCAAAGUGUAAGUACCUUUUUAACAAUGAAGGCUAAGUCAACCAUCGAACAUCUUUUAUGAGACGUUUCCAUACAACUCACCAUGAGAACUUUUGAAUAUUUUUUCCGUAGGAAACAAGUUUACAAGAUGUCUCUAAAAAUGUAAUUCUCCUCCUGGUAAUGUACCGUGAAAUAACGAUGGUAAAUGUUUCUCCAGUCCAGACACAGAAUUUGUCUGAGGAGGUAAGAAAAACGAUUUACACUUUCCAAAGAAAAUUUAAUAUUGCUCUGUAUGCUUAGUCAUCCUCCCCCCUCCCUGAUUCGACACGCUCUUUCCUGCUGCUUUUAGAAAAGAAGAUAAUUUUUUUUGUCAGGUGAGAGUAAAGCUUGAUGAUUUCGUAAGAAAUGGAGGACACCUAGAUGAAACGGUAAGAACAAUUAAAAACAUGCACUCAUGUUUGCUGCAGAAUCGAUUGUCGUUGAGGUGAGUCGAAAAGAAAGGAACAAUUAGCAAAUUUUUUAAUUUUUGAUUUUUGUGUCGACUCGUGUGAAACCAGAGGAAUUGGUAGUUGUAUAGUCAACGCUACCAUUAUUUUGCUACCCUCUCUAUGUUUAGGCUGUUGAAAGGUACUUUUUCUGUUCGUAAUAAGCCAUGCGUAUCAUUUAGGCCCGACAUUUCGCCAAGGAACUUCUUGAAAACAAACAGGGUGGAAAUCUAAAGGAACUUCAAAUCUACAAUGGAAAGGGUCCGCAGGAGCACGCUUUGGCCGAAAUUGUGAUCCAUACAGUAGUAGCUUUGCAGUGCGUAGGUGAAGCAUCUUUGGCUCAGCCCCUUUAUGCUCUCCUGACUGAUCCAUCGAGUAUGAAGGUGAGUAUACACAGAUAUGUUAUCCUGAGCAUAGGUCAAAAUGAUAACGAUAACGAUAACAUCAAAGUUCUAUUGUUAAAAUGGUAAAGAGCAAUCGCAUAUCUUGUUCCACAGUAAAGGGGGUAAGUUUCUAAAUAAACUGUAGUGCAUGAGAGAGUAUAACAGGGUAAUUUAAUAUUAUCAACUGAGUUGAUAACGUUAAUUUCCCACGGUCAAGAGUGUUGAAGCUGACGUUUCGAGCGUUAGCCUUUCGUUAAAGCCCUUCGUCAUUCGCUCUGACAAAGGGCUGAUACGCGAAACGUCAGCUAUUGAACCCUUUACGGUGGCCAAUUUACGUUAUCAACUCAGUUAAAAAUACUAAAUUACCCUAUUCCACUGUAGUUUACUGACAGAAUAUCUGAUUUCUCCGUUGAUCUCCUGGUACAGAAUUCUUUCUUACCAACAAUGCCCGAGGAUAACUAUCUCGAGUGCAUGAAGGUCAUCGCUGAAACUAUGAGAGGCACUGGUCGGGUUGGAGAAUGGUAUGGUAAGUGUCUUUUUUUUUUUUUUUUUUUUUUUUUUUUUUUAGAAAUGUUUACGUUGAGAUUUAGCAGCGAUCUCAAAUAAGAAUGUACAAUUCUAGUGUUCCAACGAGAACUUUAAAAUUACUUCUUACGCUCUACUUUCUUUCAGAGUGUGGCAAUUGCAGAUAUGUGUAUUUCAUCGGGGAGGUAAGGAAAUAUAUUUUUUUUUACAUGGACACUAGAGCCUAAAGAAGACACGAAAUACUUUAAACUAAGAAAAUUACAACUAAACUUUAAGUUUAUUAGUAAUAUGAAAUCUUUCCCUGAGCAGAAUAUUGGCUUCAGGUAGAGGGAAAGUACCCAGGGUUCUGAUGGGGGAGAAGGGGUAGGGUGGUGGUUCAGAAUCCCUGGAACUCCUAUCUGGAUCCGCAACUGACUAUUAUCGGCCAAGAAAUCAAAGGUUGCGCUCGUAGAGACUUGCCACAAUGGGUAAGGGAGAAGGGUGUAAAUACGUUGCCAGUUGCCAAUUGCCCGUUGUCCGAGUAGAGAAAGCAUAGCCAGAAAUUCCGAAUCGCGCGUGCGCUAUUUUAAACUUGCUGAAGAAUAGAAGGAUCAGUAUGGGAUUCGUAUAAAACCUGUUUAUAAAAUUCGUAUGUUGGACGUAACCCCCACCAUCCCAAUGCCAGUUCGAAUGAUACUCAUCAGUACUUUCAUUGCGGAAUUACUUUGUUUUGGUAGAUCAAACACUCGUUGCGGUUUUCUCGGUUGUUACUUGCAGCGUUUUAUUCUGAAGAAAUGCCCUUUAAAGCACACAAAAUGGCGCCUACCUUCGUAAAUGCCACUCUGAACAUCUUAACUAAGCCGAAAUCCUCUCUUGUAACGAUCCAUCCCAAUCAAAUAAUUUAAGUUCAAAGAUAUCAUUCCACAUUUACGGCAAAUCGUACUUUGUAAACCCUGAAAAUAUUGCGGCUUUUUUAGUCUUCUUUCAGCAAAUACGAACGCAUCCACGAACAGUAAUCCUACUUCGAUCGCGCGGAAAAAAAAGUUUUGAAAGCCUCUGUUGCUCGCACUAAAUGCUGUAUAACAAUGAUCGCCAUUUUGAUACCAACAGCUUAUUGACAGAUAAGACUGGUAUCUACAGGAGGUGAUUACGAGGCUGGAGGCUCGGUGCAACAGGCCUUUUUGGUGGGAAUUUCAAAAUUUUUGUUUUGAUUUCCCGCGAAAAAAAAAAACAAAAACAAGAAUAAAAAAUGUCUGAUCGCUACCCGGUCCGUGAUCCUCCUCGUACAUAUUUGCAAACAAAAUAACGUGAAGGUGGUAAUGAAAUUGUAUUCUCACUGGCAAUUAGGAAUACCACACUGAUACAGUGGCACAAAUUGAAAAGAGAAACCCAAAGCAUUGCAUAUAUUGACAUGUUAAAUGGAAUCAUCCCUGGCCAUGCGUUAAAGAUCAGUUGAGAGAGUGAUCGAAUUGAAGGCCGACUUUCAAACCAUUGUUCUGCUGCUUCAAUCACAAAUCAGAUUCUGAACACAAGAUGAAAAUUGUAAAACAGAAAGGGACAUGAGGAAAAAUUGUGUAGGCUGAUUAUUUUGAAAAGUGAAGUGAUCUUGGUAAAGAAGUUGGGAAGUAGAUCUUUGUGCUAUUCAGUCAAAACUUGAAAAAGAAAUCUGUAACUGGAGAGUAAAUAUGAAAAUCUUGAGGAAAAAAAGGAGAAACUGGCCAAAGAAAUGCUUUCAGAGAUUGAAAAACAUUAUGUCAGAGAAAAGGAAAGAACUAGAAAACUGAACAAUGAAAAUCAACAACUGACUAAGUACAUUGACAGGUUACAGAAUGGAAACUUGGGGAUUCACAGAUGAGCUGGAAUUCCAGACCUCAAAACAAAACAAGCACAAACUGAAAAUUAAAAGAACUAAAGACUCAAGCACAGAAGGCACUUAAUCUAGUAAAAAUAAUUGCCCUGGAUUUACAGCUUUUGAAAUAUAAAGACCCUAACAGUAAUGAGAGUUUUUCUAUAAACUACUCAACUACAAAUCCUCCCAAUCCACAACCAGAACAUGGUAGUGUGGCUUCCCCAAAAUCAAAAUAUGACUAACUUCAUCCUGAUGACAAAAACACAGUGGAGAGCAUACUCUUUUUAAUGUAAAUUUUCACAUUUGCAUUCAAUGCUGAAUGAACAGUUACUGAGGCAGGUUAAAUUUAUGCGUACGCAGAUGUAUGUUCACUCACAAAGCACUGUGCCUCAACAGAUUUGAAUGUACACUUACAAAGAUUAAAUUACACGGCCAACAAAGUUAGAAUUUACAGAUUUGAAUGUACACUUUCAAAGAUGAAUGUACACUUAAAAAGUUUAUCUGCCUUUUUAAUACAGAGUUGAAUGUACACUUGUAACAAAGUUAUACAUACUAAGAGAGAUGAAUGCACGCUUGAAACUGAAUGUACUUACUGACCACUUACACUUAGCAUAUCCAUCUCAAAAUUUGUAUGGAAUAUUUUCCACUGUCUCAUGCAAAACUCAUAAUUUUUAUUUAAUCUGAAAAGAGCAUAUUAGGAGAAUAUUUCUUUUAUUUUGAAAUCACAUGUAUGAUUACAGACCUAAUAAUACACAUGGAAAAGUUGCUCAGUUCUGAUUGGUUAAGAUAAAUGCAUUUUUCAGGUAAUUCAGUGCAGAAGAGGGUUAAUUCAGUGCAAAGAAAGUAGCAAAUCAGACAUUCUGAUUGGUCAAUAAUCAAAGAAACUCACAGAUAGCCAAUCAAAUGCAAGCCUUAGAUGUUGCAACAAAAUUUGAAAAUUUGUGAGCAAAACAAUAGCAGGUAGGUUUUCUUUUUCCACCGCCGCUGAAAAACAGCUCGAACAAUGAAGACACCAUAAAAAGCACUGCUUUUUGGUCGUCGGUUUGGAAAAAGUGGUGUUUAGAGAAGGGAAUUGCCAAGGAAAUCAAAAAUUAUGAGCCGACCAAGCUUAACACAUUAAAAAACAAGCAUGGUUAAACCUCAGAAACAACGAUUCCAUUUCAUGGAAAGUGAUUCGGACACAGACUGAACAAUUCCUUGAACUGUUUAGCCAGACUCUGAACUUUUUUUCGCCUUAAAGAUGUGAAGAUAUCAUUGCAUAUUAUUGUUUUGAUCGUACGCAGUUGUUUUGACCGAAUGCACGGUUUAAAUAAAUUAUUUUUCGACUUGAUGCACAUGCUUUGCUUAUGUUUAAUUAUGAUAAGCCAUCUCAUAUUUUUCCAUGUAUAUUAUUAACUCGUAAUCACAUGAUUUUUCUCGUGCAAUUUGGAAUAAACAAUCACUUGUUAAUUUUUUCAAAGACCACAAAUUGCACUCGCCCUACAGGUUUGUGCAAUUUUGUUCGUCUUUUAAAAAAUUUACUCAUGCUUAUUUAUUCCAAAUUGCACUCGAAAUCAUGUGAUUACCUAUACAAAUUGCACUUUUCUCAGUUCAAUUACCACAAUUAAUUUUAUUAAAGUAGCUCUUCAUGAUUCAAUCAUUUAGAGCCACUUCAAUUAAAUUAAAAAAAAUGUUCUCCUGAUAUGCUCUUGGUAACAAAGUAGAAAUCCCACCAAUACCCAUUUCAUACUUCUUUGGGGACCAAGAAAUAUACGUUUUAACCGUCAUAGGGUAAAAAAACCUUCAUUCCUUGACCAUGACAAUCCACCCAAGAAUCUCACCCAAGAGGAAAAUAAACAGCAUUGAAAUUAUCUUUUUCAAAAAAUGUCCGUCUCUCCCUCGACACUCCCUUACCAGCAAACAAGAAACGAAAAACAUUCCCGAAAAAACAACCUUACAGGCAAAUGUGACCGCGAUUUCAAGUGCCGUUCGACGGCCACCCUAAAAGAAUACACAUUUUCUGGAAUUAUUGCAACGUCCGGGCUUGGCCUGUUGAAUAGUUCCUCGCAUCGAGGUAAGAUACCCUACUCUGGCUCCCACGAGGCUUCGUAAGGCAAGUAGCCCUUCCUUAGCAAGCAUUCUACCUAAUUAAAUGAAAGGCAAAAAAAAAGCCUGUGCUGAUUUCGACUGAAUUCAGUUAAAAAUAUAUAAACACAAGCGAGCACGUGCGAAGACAGGCACUACGGCCAAACACUUACCGUUUCAUCUGUUUCCCGUCUUUCGACAAGCCUUUCGACUUCCCAAUAAGUCGAUCCUCCUUACUAGAUUAAUUUCUGUGGCUGGACAAAGUCGGCAUCCGCGGAUGAAAUGGCAUUUAAUAUCAAAUACCCAUUCGAAAGUCUCUCGUGCGACGUCAUUUUGCUUUAAUUAAGGUGUUUACUUUAAAAGAGGGACCAAUCACACGCUAGCUUUCUUGACAUGCUGUCAUGUGUGCUGGCGCGUAACAGAAGUAAGCACCACCCUCUUUGGUUCGGAAUUUCUGGCUGUGGAACUUAAUGUACUUUACGCAUAGUCACCGGUGUUCAUUGUGCUAAUUAACAUGGAUUUUAUUUUUUUGGAAAUAGUGUUCUAAACCAAUGGAGCAGGGCAAAUGUCCAGGUUGUGGAAAAGUAUUGGGAGGGAAGGAUCACGAGUUCUUAGGAGAAUACAGAGUUUCUGAGAAGUAAUUUAAAGACAUCUUAUUCGACUAACUUAAACAUUUCUUUCUGUUGUUGGGAAAAGAUAUUUUUUUUCAUCACACGUUGAGGACUUAUUUUUAUCAAAGAGAAGACCAACGUUGAGAUGUUUUGAGUAUUAUUUUGUGCAAUUUGAAAGACUAACUUCACCAGAAAGGAUACUAGAAAAUGGUAGCUUUGAAGUCAGAAACACAAAAGAAGAAAGUAAUACACCAAGAAAGAGAGAUGUUCAAGGAUGGAAAAGAUUACAAUGGAUCAAGAGGAUGUAAACUGUGUGGUCUAUAUUCCCUUGAAUGGAUUCAAAUGACCAACUUAAAAAUUUAGUCUUGCUAUAGCUAUGUUAGGGUAUGAGUGAGUGAGUGAGUGAGUGAGUGAGUGAGUGAGUUAUGGUAUGUGACAAAAGCAUUUCGAUCUUGACCCAAUUUUUUUUGACCGAUGUUUCUUGGUACUUCCUAUCGUUUCAUUUCGUUUCGUGUCAUAUUUCUUCUGGCUUAUUUCCAUCAAGGCAUUAUGUUUUAAGCUCGUGACACUACAUCAGACGUAUCUAUUGUAAAAACUUUUAAGCGCAUUUGAUUAUCUAAGUGGUAUGUACUUUUCAACUUUCUAUCUCUAGGAAAGACAGGACUAAAACUGGCCAUGCACUCGGAGAACCUGGCUCGAGACCUACGAACGCAGAACCUCAGAGAGACAUGCCACCGAUAGUGUGCAGCUUGCUGAGGAUUAUCAUGCACUCGUCUAUGGUCAUGGGAGCAUCCAGAAAUCCACAGGUGAUUAGUCGUUAUACACAGUAGGCGGCUGUAAGAAAAUGAACUUUCUGGUAACUUUUUUCUUAGCUGCAACCCCUCUGAAUCCCUGUUUUGAUGUAGAUUUGAUAUAGAGAAGAGGAGUAUACGGUUCACGCGAUAUUUAGUUUGACUGACCAGUUUUUAGAGUGAUAGGAAGUCUCAAAUUAAAAUAAUGAUAGUUAUAAUAAUAAUAAUAAUAAUGAUGAUGAUGAUAAAAAUAGUCUUAAGGCUUUAUUUACAAGGGUAUACAAAGCACAGCCAAGGAGCUGAACUCAGGGUAACCGAGAACAGUGUGGAGGUCCUGAACCCGGUACCACCAGAUUCCAAGUCCAGUUUCUGAGUGGAGAUAACUUUGUCUAAAAUCUGAUGGAACAAAUAUCUCUUUGGUUUUAAUUAACGAAAGCAGCCAAGUUUUUUCUCAUCUAUCUAACUCUUGAGUACAAUUUGAAAUCUUCGAUUUUUUUCUUCAAAGGCAACCGUACAACUGAUCACACCUUCAUGCUCGUCGCAGUCUGUGGGACAGUUUUUAUGGCAGCACUUGCAGAGAGACCUGGAUGUUCUCAGUAGAGCAAUCGGGUGCAGUGUUGAUAACGCAGCUCUGACGGUUCAUCUAGCAUUACAGCGGAUGAUCUCGCUAAAUGGGGGAAAAACCGGUACAAGCUUUUACACCUUAAAAUUAGUGUAAAAACACAAUUUGAUGAACGUGCAAACUCUCAUCCGAUGAACACCCGUACCGUCGAGGAUAAAUGGCUCUAUUCUUUACCAAAUCGUGCUUUAGAAACUGGAAAUUUGCACUUUUGUCUCUCGUGCGCAAGCUCUAGCCGUCGUCAUAAUUUAACUAUGACCAAUUCCAACAUUAAGGAGUCAAUUAGCUCUGGUUGCGAAUUCUAAAAAAGUGAACAUAUUGACCGUAAGCCCUCGAACUGACCGAAAAUUAAAUUAAGGACUGGUUCGUAGGUAUGAGUAAAUGACAAUUAGAUAACAGAUGAUACCAUAAUGUGGUUGUAAAAUUAGAAAAAUGAAAAUAAAUGAUGCACGAGUCGCUGGCUGAUGUUGCUGAAUAGUGUUCAUGAUGAACUGGCGAAUGGCAGCAUAGUAAGGAGAAUCAACCGAUUCUGAUGACGACAUACUCACUUUUGCCUUCUCGUUGAUCAAACUAAAAAAUGAGUUCAGCAUAUUGUACAAAAAUUCAGUAUCUCUUUCUAUUUUGCUUUCCAGUUUGUUUGUUAUUGCCCAGUGUUCUCAUUUCUCUCCAUACUCUCCAGGAAAUGACCAUGACAUGCGUCUUCAAACCCGGGAAAGUCGCCGCAGCUGGGAGAAAGCUUUUUGCUCUGAGAUUCUUGUUCCUGUCAUCACCGUACGUACUCUUAAAAUUGAGCGAUUUCUUUUUGUUUGUUUCGCUAAUUAGUUUGCUACAUACGAUCUUUAUGCGUAUGGUAACGCGCCAGUGUAAUUCUUAUUUUUGCAUUAUCUUCCUAGCAUCUUGACGAGAAUCUCCAAAACGCCUCAAGACUUUUGAUGGGAGACGAGAGAUUUGGUAUGCUUUUCCAUAUUACUUGUUGAUGCAGAAACAAAUGCGCGUCAAGCUAAUGAUAGUACUAGGACUAGUGGAUUGGAGGGCUUUAGUGUCAUCCCUGAAAGAGGAGCUAACUCAACCUUAGCUGAUAGUGAGCCGUAUUUUUCUGGAGACAUCUACAAAACAAGUUUUACAAGCACUUUUAUCGUUGAGUGCCUUUUUUGUUUUUCAAUCUUUGCUGAAGCGUGCACAGUUAAACAAACUCUGGCGAAACUGUUUAAUAUAAGCUUGGUAGCAAACGGAGUCUGUAAAAUGAGAAGAAUUACCCGAAGAUAAUAUUUUUGAAUGGAGGAGAUUGACUCAGCUCGUAAAUGACAAAUUUUCAAUAUAUUAAGGCGACACUUUUCAAGUGAAACAAUUUUUCACACGUCUUCGUAUGGUGUCAUUUUCAGGAAAGGACCCACUGGUACGUCAACUUUACGAGUUCGAUGAACAGAUUGAAGACUUAUCUCAAGGCGUCAGGCCCAUGUCUCGCGCUCUUUGGAAGUACAGACACCAUAUAACUGUUGAGGAACUGAGUAGCUCUUUUCAAAAAGAAGUCCUAUCUGGUGGCGGAGGGAAAUUCAAAGUGUUGGACGCUUUCCUCAAACAGGUAAAAUCAACAUAUUGCUGCAAAGAGUUGGGGUUCUGUGCUACAAAGAAAAAAGUCUUUCUUGUAAUUCAAACCCCUUUUUUUGCCUUAAUUUCGGGCAGCAUCUGUUCAUGAAAAACCGAAGGGAGUCUGCUUUAUAAGUCUCUAUCUUUACAUGCUUUUUCUUUUUCAACAAAUGCAGGAACACAGGUUGCGUUUCGUUCAGUUUCUGCCCGAUGUUGUUCGCCUCCAGCGUCUAUUGAUGGACAGAUUCCACCGACGAAUUGACAGAACAGAUGCUGAGAAUUAUACCGUCCGUGAAUUUCUCAAGGACCUUCCCAAAGGUACUUAAUAAGUUACAAACGUGUAUCCGAUAUAGCCAAUGCCAUGGCAAUUGUUCAAUGCAAAAGGUUGAUGUUUUGAGCUGCUUUUCAAACAGUAAGCUGCAGUUAGCAGAUGCACCUUUCCCUGUUAGUUUUUCCACAGGAUAUUUUAGACGACGAGAAUGACGGAGUUGUCAAAGCUGUAGCAUUUCCACCUCUUCGAAAUGUGACUUCUAAAUUUCAAUUUUGUUUAUUUAUUCGUCAAGAAAAAUUUUCACGGUCAGAAUUUUCUUGAGAAGUCUUGUCGGGUCAUCUGCGCAAGUAAAUUGCGUCCUAGACAAGAUUUUGCUUGACAAGUCUCUGUGUUUGACAUUUUCCGUGCAACUUCUCCUGGAUAACAAUAUUUUUGUAUGAAUUUUACUGAAGAGAAAGUUGCCAGUGUUAGUGCAACUGUGAUGACUCUUGAAGUAAACUUUAAUUCUGCUGAAAUCAAAUUUGUCUCCAGGAUCUGUGAAAGAGGAGUAUACGAACCUUUUCCAGAGUUUCAAGAAUGCUUGGAAUGCUUGCAAGUCAUUUCUCGGUGAUCAAGGUACAACGAUUGUUCCGUUUUUCCAGGGUACAUGGAAGAAGGCUUGAGUGAUUCUUGAGACCAAAUUUGGUUUUUUUGUAAUUAGUGUUUGUGGAGUUACUUAAAAAUUUAUGUGAGCCCCGCGUGGUGAGAUAAAAAAGGGCCAAACUCAUGAGUGAUGCUAAAUUUAGACUUUGAUGUGGAGUGAAAACUUAGUCCUGAAAUGAUAUCUCGAACAUUUGAAUUGGCGGUUUUUAAAAAGGAGCGCACUGAUUUAUAACAAUGGGGUCUUUUCCUUCGGUUAUUCCUUUUAUCAAUCGAAUUUUUUUAAUGUGGUUUUAUUUCAACGCAGGCACAAAUUCAGUAUUUUCGUUGAUUGUUUGCUCUAGCAGUUUUACCUUGCAGUUUUUGAGUACUCUCAUCGGGUUCUAAUUUGUCAUUCUUUACACCCUAAGGUCGCCUGCGCGUCCCACAAAACCUUUGUAAUACCACAAUGGACAACGACUGUCCAAUCGCGAUAGUUCUCCCCUGCACCACCGGGAUGGGAGUUUGUUCGACCUCGCUCACUUUCUUCCUGGUUAAUGCAAAUAACGAGUCUCUGGGAGCCUACCGUAGUGCAACUAAUCAAAACAGGUACAUAACUUUAUAAUGACUAGCUUACGUGUUGCUGUUUUCCUUUUACCUUCUGUAGAAGCAAAAAGUUGAUCGACGUGAUCUGACUCGGGCGUCGAUAACGUUUUUCUACUUAAUUUAGGUCUGGGAUGUUUGUCAAACUGACUGAGCUGCAACAUGAGACUGAUAUCGGCAUCCUGCAAUCAGUUAUCGUCUCCCCCAAAGGCAGCUUUAGAAUGUGAACAUGUAUGAAUUGAAGCUACUAUUUUCGAGAAUAAUGUACAUCGGAAAUAGUUACGAUGUUGAUGAAAAUCAUUUGCCAUCAGUUCUGCUUAGUCUUGGAUAAUUACCACCUAAGCAUAGCACACUAACUAAAAACAAUCACGAUCUCUUUUCUGAUUGGCCGAAAGCCUUCAGCGAAUUUUCGAAAUCAGCGCCUGGGACGUCAUCUAACUGCAAAUUAUACAAUAAUCAUGUCAAGGACACUCAAGGUCACGGGUAAUCAUGUCCUGUGUAACUACAGUGCGCGAUUUCCAAGGGUAAAUCAUGUCAAGUUCGUGCGCUUUGUGUUGCUUGCUGAUUUGAAUACUUUUACACGUUUAUAAAUAAAUUAUCAGUUCCAACUGCUGUUGUGACCACUUUUUUUUUCGUUCACGUAUGAUAAAACAAUUAUUGGAUUCAGCUUUGUAAUAUCCAGAAAAAUCAUGGUCUUGGCAAGGGUUAUCAGCCGAAGCCGAAGGAUGAGGCUGAUAACUCCUAUCUCGACCUUGAUUAUUCUGAAUAUUACAAAAACCUCAUCCAAUGAUUGUUUUUAAGACCCAACUAUACAUCUCAUCUGUAAUGUUAUUUUUCAUUUAUAGUCCCUUGGAGCGUGUCUCCGUAUCAGAGGUGACCUUGUCGCACUUAAUAGCCUAUGAUCCUGAGAGAGACCUGCUGCCCCUCAUCCUGGCUCAUUGUAACUACUCUCUGGAGGUGGGACAGGAGACCUUGGUUCACUAUGAUUGGGCAGCUCUGGAGAGACAGCUGAUUGACAGGUUGUUGAGGGGAAGGCCUUUUGUCGAGUUCAAGGUAAGGUGGAAGUAUUUAGAACACAUAAUAUAUGAUGAGAAAAAAGCAUUUUCAGUUUUUCUGUAAAAUUUUUCACCGCACAGGAAUGUAUUUAUUCUUUUCAUUCCCUUACCUUGAGUCUGCUUCAUCUUACUGCAAACAGUUUCAAUCUCAUUUUUUUUAUGGGCACGUUUCUCUUGUAAAGAUAUAUCUCAAUCAGUCUCAACAAUUUCAGUUGAUGGAUAACAAAAGCUUACUUAUUUUGAAAUUUCAAAGAUGGGACUCCCGUGACAGAUACAGCCAGAAUGGAAGUUAUUUCGUAGGGUAAUUUGCACACUGCUUCAGUUUCUGGGAAGUAUGUUACAAACAACGGUGUCAACCCCUUUUUCCUUACACUUCGUGCUAUUCAUCCUUUUUUACCUUUCUUUCAUUUACUUGUCUUACUGGUCAGUAUCUGAUGACCAACAAUUAGAAAAAAACAAAAAAAUUAACAAAACGAACAUUCCUUUUUAAAGACGCGUUUGGAGCUUCGUUAUGACCAUCCCUUCGCAACUGGAAGAAGAAUUGCGACCAAAGUAAUUGUAAUAUCUGACAGCGCCUUUUCUUCUUUUGUUUCAGGACGAACGUGUUGCGUUCAGCCGAGACACCCGAGAUGACGCAGUUUUCACUUCACUCACUGGAAAAAUUCCUCAGGUAAAGUUCAUAGUUUCCCUUUUUUUUCGUUUUAAUAUAUACGUCUAACCAGUGUACUGUAGAGUUCUAGAGCAGAAAUUUGCUUUCGUCUUAGUCUCAGUGAUGCACCCUGGAAAAUAAUCUGAAGGUUUGGAAUGUUUGAAAAGGAGAUUUGGUGUUGGCGGCUGUCUAAUAACGCUUGAUUGGCGAUACAAACUGGGGAUUUUAGAUUGGGAAAACAUUUCAAAUUACCUUCGUUUAUGAAAUAUGUAUUUUUAUUAUUUCUUUUUUCUCAUUUACUUGCAACCUAACUUUUUGUAGUUUCAUUGGGAACGAAAUCUUGCUUCAUUUUUUGUUGUUUUGUCAUCUAGUCUAUCUUUGAUUGUAUUUUUGGGAAACAGGUUUAUAAGCACGUGGAUCCGUCUUGACCACGGAAAGAGCAUUAUAUUCCACUUACUAACGUGAUUAACUUUUCCAUCCAGCUGUUUCAGUUAACGAAAGCAGGUUUUCAGCUCUGAAUUGUUUUUGCUACGUCGACAGUAAUGUAUUUAUCGCAUUAUUAUGAUGUUAUUGUUUGUAUUGGUGUGGUCAAGAUCCAAGGCACUUACACCAAGUGUUUCUUUGAAGGAAUCCAUUUCCCGCGUCGUCGAAAGUCAGAUUAUUAAUGAUCUGCGGUCUUCCUUGUCUGAUGUCUGUGAUGUUAUGUCGUCGCUGGAUAUUGCCAUUGGUUUUCUCGCCUCAUCGGGUGGUCAGCCGGAGAGGCCUUUAAAAUGGUACUUACAUGAGGUACUUAAGCUACCCAAAGAUCGAGGUCUCAAGAGUCCAACAGUGAGUACAUUUCUCCUUUUCAUUUCACUCACUUAACCCUUUAACUCCCAAGAUCUCAUUAGUAAUUCUCCUUUCUGUUUCUCAGACAGUUCUUGUGAUGUUAGCUUGGAGAAUUUGGUAUUGGAUCAACUUAUAAUCCACUAACUGAUAUUUUUCUUUAUUCUCAUCACUUGUCUGUUUGAUAUUGUAUUGAUAUUGUAAGGAGAAAUACUGUUUUGGUCACUUGUGGGAGUUAAAGGGUUAAGCAGUCAUCCUUCUUGACUGGUGCAAAGCUCCCAACACCAACAUGUAAAUCAAAAUGUUCUUGUUUGUUGCUACAAAAACUAAUUUCUGGACGCCAGAGGUUUUGUAGCUCUCGAACGAUGUGUGAGAGAUGUCUAAUAAUUAUUUUCGAUUAGUUGACUGAAGGAGAAGCCCUGUUUUCGACUGUUUGCUCCUACGCCAGGAAUUGUUCUAUGUAAAAGUGCUUUCACUCUUGUAUAGGUUCUUAUGGAUUAUGCCAUCUUGUUGCAGGCAGAGCAGCACUGCAGUUUGUCCCAUACCCUGGCAUUGUGGCGGCUUAUGGCUCUCGAGAGAGCAAAAAUCAAGUCAAGGAACAAACAGGUUAGAUUUGAAAUGAUUUGUGGUUUAAUUUUCGUUCUGCGUAAUGUCCGUCAUUUUUUCACGAACCUUAGCACUAUAGCAUUCGUUCGUUUGCGAAUAUAAAGAGCAAUUUCAACUUCGUUCAAAGUGUUUUUAAUAUGCUGUACACGAGAUGUAUACCUCUACUUUACCGCAAGGUUAGGAAAGGGUAGUUUUGAUUUUAAAAGUUUGGUGAGGUGUGUCUGAUCUCGUUAGAUCCAUUUUCAAACAAACUGUUUUCGGAAAUUUUUUUUCAGGAGCCUUUUGAGCAAUUAUCUGACGUUUUCAAGGAAAAACUAGGCUCGAGCGAAAAGACCAGACUAAAUCGUGUGUUGCGAAAAAUCGACAUGGACAUAUUUCUGCCGCAGCUCCUGCAAAUUAUUCUUCUGAAUGUCAAAAAAGAUGGCGAAACGAUUUCGACGAUGAGGUAGGACAGGCUAUUCGAAAUGCCCCAUUCUCUAAUGCGUUAAUUAAAUAAGAACCAAAGUCGUUAUUCUUAUCUUGCACUUCUUACAGUUGGUUUCGUAACUCUAGGAAAUAAUGCCUUCUCUCGCAAGUGUGGAGCUAUGAUGUACAAACCGUGACAGCCACGAGAUUUCCUUAUUAUGCCUAAUUUAUAGACUUUUGGCUUUUAAGAAACCUUUUUUCUCAAAAAAAAAAAAAAGUAACUUUUUUAGGUAAUACUAUUUCCUGGGAGGGAUGAUAUCGUCAGUGUCUUUUCUUGUAUUUGAACCGAAGGUUCUAAUGAUAAACACUUUACUGCACCUUGUUGUCCAAUUUUCACUAAAUUUCCUCUUUAAUUCAAAGCUACUUUCGUAUUUUGUAAAAGAGCUUGUUGUUCAAGUCCACGCUCAAUUCUUUUUAGCAGUUGAAAAUAGUGAGAUCCUGAUAUUGCUAAUUGCUAGGGUAGAAGAGUCAGUUUACGGCACACUCUCUUGCGGCUUUAGAAAUCCUAAUUUGGUUGUGAAGUACUAUAUUUUAACAAGUCUAAGAUAUAACUACAAAUUUAUUGCAGCUUUGAAGAGUAUUUGGAUUGUUGUUUAGCCAACAAAAGCUUGGAACAAAUCCCAGGAACUGAGAACAUCCCGGACAGCAUCAAAAUGGCGCACCUAAAGGACGUUUGGAACUCCGCAGUCCAGCUGAGUGACGACUUCCACAAAGAUCGUCAAGCAGUUUAAUCUUAUGCUUGAGGAGCGGUCAGUUCAAAACUCAAAGGCAGUGGUGUAGUUCGUUUUUAGAAAGCCUAAGCAGUCAACUUUUUUUUAGUCAGUAAAAGAAAUGAAUGGGUACAUGCUGAAUUUUCAUAACAGUUUGGAUUCUGGCUUCAGUUUUCUCUCGUACAAUAAUGAGGUACUAGAUACACAUAAUAACAAAUUAAUUUGAAAAUGUUGGCACGUAAUAAAUACUGCCGUUUUUGUAGCUACUUUAAGGUACUUCGUUGCUGUAGUUUAUGAGUAGGGGCAGCCAGUUUCUUUUGCCACGUAUAUUUACCUUUGGUUUAAUUAUAGUGUUAAAAAAAUUAUUCUCGAUGCCAUCCUCUGCAAAAAUAGUAGGAAAAGCAGAAGCUUUUAUGUACAUGAAAACUAAAGCAGGACGGUGCUAUUGAUUAAUUUUUCAUAAUUUUUUUCUUAUACAAUCUAAAGAUAAAUCAAAUUGCAUCAGCUGAGAAUGAUAUUAGUAUGUAAGUUUGAACCGCACUUUGAAUAAAUGUCAAGUUAGUAUAGAAAAGUAUCUCUUUCAUUAAACUUUUGCAGAAUUUU